CCUGAAGAGAAGCUAGCUACUUUUUGACUGAUGUGAGAAGGUAAACUUCGUUUUAAAGCAAAUCUACAGUAAUUAUUUUAAAGUAGAGUCAAUUUGUCAUUCAUGAUACAGUAAAGGAUAAUUGUAGUGUGUCAAAUCACAUCAGUACAGUUGUCGUCGUCGUCAACGCACGUUUAACCCUUUUUCCAGUUGUUUUUCUCCACCUCUUCGAAUUCGCCCAAGUCACGUCAAACGGAUUCCUUUAAAAGUUGCUGCAAUCUGAAGAUAAGAUUCUAAAGGAGGUUUAAAUUGGAAAAAACUCAUCAAAUCCCUUGUUAACUGGCAUGGGCUUGCCCUUCAGUAAAGAUUUUAGUUUCUUAGGUUUCUUCAAAGUGCAUGUAUCUGAAUAGCUACAUUCUUGAACUUUUGGUCCGUAAAGGUGAUGAUGAUUUCCUGCUGCGGUAUGUUCUCAGGACGCUAGACGCUCUUACUGUUUGCAGGGAGUUGAAUUCUCACGGUAAAUUAUCUUCAGAUCCGAAUUGUUGCUUAAACCGAAGCCACUCCAAGAACAUUCUUCAGGCGCUGAUACGAUCCAUUUUGUUUUUCUUGAUAUAAUUGAGUCUUUAGACUGGAGCGUAGCCUGCGUAGCAAGCGUCACCCAUCACUCCCCUCCCCCUCCCCCGUCAUUCCUUUUUUUGCUCUCGUUCCAGUUUUCUCGACGAACUCGCGCGGAACCGCUUGCUACGCAGGCUAGUGGCUUACUAAUUCUCAGUUCGAAUUACGAGAAGAAUCUUAAUUACCGGGGCCCAGCCGAAGGCUGGCACCGGUCAUAAAAUGCAACGCGUUUCUGUUUUUUCAAAGUUACAUUGUUAGGGAUAUAUCGCUGACUGAGAUAUAUCGCUGGCUCGUUACUUUUGGGACUGUUCGCUUAGAUCUAUCGCUGGUCAUUGAAAUCUUAUCCGCCAUUUUGAAAAGCACCAGGUAUGGAGGAGAGUCAAGAGAAAGAUUGAACGACACGUUCCCCAACCUUUACGAUGUACUAGUUUAUGAGCGAAAACUUGAGAGUGAAUAUUUGGAGAGACAAAUUUACGAGCGAUCGCUUAAGAGUGAACCUUCCAUCGUGAACCUUAUCGAGAAAAUAAGCGACUUAUCAAAAUUAUCUACAUUGAGUGAAAAUUAUCAAGAAUCAAUGCGAACACUUAUCAAAGCUAACUUUACAUCAUCUUAAAAAAACGUGCUACAAGACGAUCUAGACGUGCUCGUGAACCGAGGAGAAUUCCACUGCUAUUUCUAAGAGGUCUCAAUAACAAGAAUAGCAUGUUAAAGAAAUUUGUCUUCAAAAAGAUUUCAACGAUUCACAUACCGAAGUCUUCAAAGCUCCAUCUCUAUGUUAAUAAGGUGAGAAAACUUUAUCAUGCACGAUGUAAAUGUAAUAGGAAACGGGAUGCAAAGAUAAUUAACUUCAAUAAAAUGGCUAUACCCAAGAAAGCUUAUUUGUUGUCUUUCUAUACUAGGAGGCAGUAUCACAGGAUAAUGAAACUAAAAUGUAAAGCACGUCGAUAUUUAUCAUUUUUUUCUUGUAAUUGUGUGAGUCAUAUGACCAAUUAUGUGAAUUUCAAACUAAGUAAAGAUGUUGAGAAGAAUCCAGGACCUACUCAAUACAACACUGAUCAUCGUGAAGUAAUAAUUAGACCUUUUGUGCAAAAUCACAGCUCAACAAUGCGGUUGAUUUCUCCUAUUUCCUCUGAGAAUUUGAUGCAGUCAAGAUUAGGUGAACUUGGUUGACAACCAAUAGAUGUUGGUUGCAGGUGGUUUUUUCUUUGGAUCUGUAUCACAUCAAUUAUAUGGCAAUAGCAACCAUCAUAUGUAUAUACGUACUGCUGGGGUUCAAUUUAUGAGAGACGACCCAGAAAGAUUUAUUGAGAGCAAUAUCGAAAAUUCAUGGUUAAGAUAUCUGAAUAAUAUGUGUAUUCAAGGUACAUGGGCUGAUGCACUUAUCAUUCAAGCAGUUGAAGAUGCAUUAAAUGUUACUAUACAAAUAGUAGAAUCUAAUCAAGGCUUUGCACCACUUACUACUGUUUAUCUAGUUCAGGAAAGAAAUGCUUCCUCUACAAUUACUAUAGGUCAUAUUGAUGAAUGCCACUAUGUAUCAACCACUGCUUUACAAUCAAAUGCCUCCAUUUCAAUGUGCAAUGAAUUAACAAAUGAUACUCAGUCAUCAAUAAAUAAGCAUUUUAUUAUGUCCAUAUAUGCAGUUUGUUUCUCUGUCAUCAAAUCAUGCACUUACUGGGAUCCUUCAACACUACAGGCUCUCCAUGAACAUGCAUGUUUGUUCUAUGAGAAGUGUAAUGCAGACCGUGUAGGCAAAAUUGUGAUAAUCCUGUGACAAACUUCUUUGCAAACUUUGUUAUUACCAUUCAACCCAAAACUGUCAGUGAUUUUUGCUCUUUCACUCAAACUUAAAAACAAAUAAAAACCUUAUACAGAUCACACUGAUUGACAUCACAGGGUAAAAAACGGCUUGGAAACUAAAAUUUCGAGGACGUUUUUGGACUUUUUACAUUUAGGGCAUGAAUUUUUCGUCAUUUCAGGCCAUGGAACCUAAAAAUGAGCCUAGCUAGCUGUAAAAAGGGGCAAUACGAAGGCAAUACGUCCUAGCCGGCAUGAUCACAUGCUGUUUACGGAAAAUUCCCUCAUCCACGUCAGGAAAUUCUGUAUUUUAAAGCCUCCCCUAGGGCAUGGCUCAGCAAUUGAGGACAUUUCUGCUAUGUUUUCAUUGUUGGUUAGCAUGCAAGGAUUUUUCGCAUGCCUAUCGUCAAUGAUUUGCUCACUGGUAAAAGAGGGGGUGGCCCCAAAGUGGUUUUGCAUUGAAAUUGGCAUGCAACAGAAUUUCGCAUGCCCUGUAAGCAUAAUUUGAGGUUCUGUGACCUUCUCACCCAGGCCGCGAGAAGCCUAGGUUCUAGUAAUAAGUAAUUCAUACCCAGCAAAAUCUCCGGCAUGCCGGGCAUGCCAAAUUUUCUGACAUGCCCGGCAUGCUAAAUUCUCUGGAAUGCCGCGCGUGCCAUAAUCUGGGUCAUGCCGGGCAUGCCAAAAUCGGUCUCUGGCAUGCUCUCAACGCACAGGUUAUAAUUCCUUGAAUCUACAGAUAUUUUAAGCCUGGCUAAAAAAAAAAAAAACUAAACAGAUCACAGUGCUUAUCUUUUGAUGUACGGUUACACGAUGACGUCAUUGCUAUUCCUUUCAUUUUCAUAGAUUUGGUUGUCCCAGAGAACGUUAAAUAACAAAAGCUCUAAUUUUGACAAGCAAGUAAAACCCUGAAGGAUUCGCCCGUAGUAAUAAAACAGCGUCAUCGUGGAGAUGACCUGUUGGGGGAUUGUAAAAACUCCUCACCCCUUUUAAUGAGUCUUUAAUGGGAUUCCCAUUUCACAUUGCGAAUAAAAUGGAAUUGACUGAAAUCAGUAAAAAGAGAGACAGAGACUAUUUUCAUUGUAUAAUAAAAUGCAUCUAUGUUCCAUGAAAGCUUUUAAAAAUACAAGGUUAUAGAAUAUCUUUCAAAGUUCACUACAAACUGGGCUAAGCCCCAAAAUCACUGUUCAUUAUUCAGUAAAUUAUGAUGUUUGACAAUGCAAUGUGCUUGAAUAUAACGUUGCAAUUACAAAUCUCUCUAACGCAAUUUUCCCUACGUUAGAAAAGCUGUUAGAAAGUCUGAGUUCCUCUUUCUUGUUUUGUAGGCUUGCCAGGGAUUAAUGUUUUUGUGUCAUUACCAGUGUCUGUGUUCUUUGUUUUUAACUCAAAGUAAGUCAGUAAUAACUGACAGUAUAAAAGAAUUGCUCUCUAGAAAAGUAAUUAUCUCCUCGUCAUGUCUGGAAGUUACCUGUAACAAAAAAGAAAUGGAAUGUUAACACAUGCAAGGGCAAUAUGAAAAAAAGAAAUAGAACAUGUAGACUAAGCUUCUCUUAACAUAUUUUCAUACUGGCUUGUUGAGUCUGUUAAAGGUCGCAACUAAUUGUCUUAGGCUAAUUUCACAAGAGUGUGCAAUUGAGAUAAAUGCAUGGUAAAUAAAGUGAAAGAAACGUGGUUUCACAUUAGCCAAUUUACAUUACGCUGUUCGAUGAUGUUUACACGCUUUUCUACUGCGAAAUAAACCUUUGCAUUUGGAUUUGCAAGUCAAGAUUAUACCGAGUUUGACUGACACUUAAUUGAACAACAGUUUCAUUUUUAAGCAGGUAAGGUGUAGACCCAUAUAAAGCCGGAAUAUGUAAAGGAAACUCAGCGAAAACUUUUUCGCAUCUUUUUGUGGCGAUAUUCUCUCACGGCCCGUCAACUGAUUAGGGGUUGCGAAGAAAAAAUAAAUUAGGACCAAAGGUUAAACAGUCCGGAAUAUCCCUAAAUUUAAGGACAGGGCCAACUGGUCACGCGACACUUUUCAACCAAUGAGAAGGCGCGCUUGUGUUUAUCAACAAACAAAUCAAAACAUCGCCCCAGUGAUUAAAAAUUUUCAAAACAACGGACGGAGUCGGACAGAAUCAGUCAUCGUUUCGAGGCUCUCAGGCAUAUUUUUAAGACUUUUCAUGAUGAGGCACACAUUUUUUUUAAGUGGACAGCGUAUCGGAAGCCACAUUGGAAGUGUCUCGUGAAAUAUUCAGCACAUUUUGUGGCUUAUUUCUUCUUUUAUCUUUUAAACAACGCGUUGUAUAGGAGAGAUUUUGGUGGGUUUUCAAGGUAGGUGAACAAGUAUCUAUUAUUUUUUCGAUUCACAGAUUUUUUACGAAGUUCUAGAUAUUUUUCCUCGAUUGUCAUAUCGAUUAACUUUUAUCAUGUUGAAUGUGGGGAUGGUAGACAACCUAGAAUUUUGGUAGACAAUUUUUGAAUUCCGAGGUCCAAAACACGUACGUUUUCCACUCCCGGGUUUCUCACAAAAGCCGUGUUAUUACUUUUUUUCGCAUUAGUACGAGCCUUUGCCUUUUUUCUUUUCAAGGCCAAAACAACUUUAUUAGUCUCAUGGAUAUUCACGUCCAACAUCUCGCCUCACUUUGCCGAAUUUGCGGGGAUGAAAUUGAAGAUCAUAAGCGCAAGGUACAGAAGGUAGAUACUAACCGCUUUGUUUCUGAAAUUCACUAAUCUGGAAAGAUUUAAUAUUAAUGUUGUUGGAUUCUCCAAAUGUUCACCCACCGUUAAAAAAACAAUCAAAGAAACAAGGCAAAUCUCAAUUGUGAAUGCUGUAUUUCGGUAUUCAUUGAACAUGCACUGAUUAUCUGGGAUAAAAUUAAAAUAUUGCAGGUACUACAGCAAGCAAAGAAAGCACCAGAUGCGUGAAGUCAACACGAAACAACACAAAAAAAACAAACAAGAAAAAUUAAUAAAUUUGAACUACUUUCUAUUCUUGUUAUGAUGACUGGUUCUUUGAUUCUUGUCCUGUAGAAGUUAAUAGGUAGUACCAAUCCUGUUUUGUACGAUCUCAACAAAUUUUCACACUCUCUCUAAGGCUAUUUUUCACGGGACCAGUUGCCUCUAUCAAAAAUCUUGCAAGCCAUGCCAGUGAAGCCACGACCUCUGCCAUCGGUCAGGAAUCAGUUCGAACACCCCAAUGAUUCCUUGCAAUGGUUAAUGCUCUUAUUCUCUUACAUGAAAUGUUUUCUUUGAAAUAUUAAAUGUGAAACCUAGACGAGUACUGUAAGCUCAUCUUUAAUUCUGUCCGACUCAGUCCGUUGUUUUGAAAAUUUUUGAUCACUGGGGCGAUGUUUUGAUUUGUUUGUUGAUAAACACAAGCACGCCUUCUCAUUGGUUGAAAAGUGUCACGUGACCAGUUGGCCCUGUCCUUAAAUUUAGGGAUAUUCCGGACUGUUAAAGCCUGUCCGGUUACAUCAUUUCGUAUGUUACCUAGAGUUCUAAUAAAUAGGUCAUAAAAUAGGAUUUAAAGAGAGCGAAUUUGUUUCUCAAUCGGUGUAUAAAAAAGUGAGGCUAUCAAAUGAGAAGUUUAUAGAGUAUCAAAAUUAUUAAAUUAAAAGCUCAUAUAAUUAGGAAAAUUCCUAUAUAUACGAAAAUAAAGCUAGUGACAUUAAAUUGAUCAGAUAAAAUUCUCAGAAAAUAUGUCGAAUAAAAGCCUCCUUGUUUGCUUUUGUUUUUGCGUAAAGGUAAAUUUUUCGGCCCACAAAGCAAAGUUGAAAAAGCGACUAAAUCUUAGUUUUUUACAUUGAACGUGUUUAUUAGCUUAGUUUUCGUCCGUUUUAAAAGCUUUAUAACCCAAUCAUAAUUUAAUCAUAAAAUAGUACAAAAUCAUUUCAAAAACCAUGUUCAUUGAAAGUAGAGCCGGCAAACGUGAACAUUUUGUAAUUCAAAAGUCGGACCCAGCCAGGUUGUUUAAGCUUAGAAUUAUUUGCAUUUUAGCGUCCUAUAAAUUUACCAGAAUCGCCUCUCAGAGGCUUACUGUAGCAAAGCAUUUUGUAGUACACUCGUAGACAAGCAAUGUAAGCCUUAAGUCUUUGCUUGGAUGAGAUGUCCAAAAGAAAAAUUAGUUUUGUGGACCUAAACGCACAUUCACAGACUGCUUAUAUUGAGUUGUUUACAACUUUGCAUUGACACACGCGGCAUGUUCAUUUUUUUAAAGCGAAAUCCAAAUCUGAUUUUGGCAUUUGAUUUACGGAUAUUUUAUUUUGUCUCCAAAAGUGAUUGUAAUAUCCGUUUGAUUGUCUUUCAAACAACAGUCAAACUAUGCAGCAAAAAUAAGUAACUUUACCAGUACAGUGAAAAAAAUAUGAUUGUAGGUGCCAAAAAUAAUUAUACUCGAGCUAUAAAAUUAGAUCUGACUUUUUUUAGCUUUGGUUUCUUAUUAUUGAAGUUUUCUCUAGUCUUCUUAGCAGCAGAAGAAGAUUACAAGACAUACAAACAGAAACAAUCCGAAGUGAACGAGAUGACAACCACUUAUGCCGGAGUUCUUAGGCAUGCUCAACAGCAAGAUAAACUGAAUGCCUAAAGGCUAAUUCACGGUAUUUGUUCAAUAUUCAGGCUUUUUCUUCACCAAAUUAAUACUAAAUUUGUACUUACAGUCUCUCGCAGAAUCCAUUUCUUGUUCAGCAUUCACCAACAUCUCAACCAUGCACCGCAGAAAAAAAAGACAAACAAGUGCGAAGAGACAUGACGACAUCGUGACGCCACAACUGCCACGCUACAACAAACUAGAUUCAUCGUCAUCCGAAAACACUUCUGCGGAAAUUCGGCCGAUUUCGUGCGUGCUCGGGGUAUCUUCGGAUGACGCAGAUGACGUUGCUCAAAGGACUAUCGUCAGCAAGGAGUAAAACAGUUUGCGAGAUUCGCAUAGCCGACAAGGAGCGCACUGAAAAACUAAGCAAAAUCUCUCUGAGAAGGCAGUCCAAAUUCACCAAAUCAGAACUUCUUUGCAGUAUUAACGUCGUACUCUCGUACUGACUUGAACGACCUGGCCGUGGUAAGCUUAAUUUUCACCAGUCUUUUAAUGCUGUUGGCCGGGAAACAUUCCGACGCCAUAAAACUUAAGCAUGGAUAAGUUCAUACUGAGAAGAUUUGUUAUCUUAUUGUUUAAGACGCUUUUCCCCGAUCAAAUUUAAAUCUGGACCCAGAAAUGUCAGUAUCGGUUUGAAAUAAAAGGAUUAAUCUUUGAUUGCAAGUUAAGUAUUCUAUUUUAUGCAUGAAUAAUGUUGUUUUGUUGUGCUUUUUAUCUAUAAAUCCAGGCUUCUGUCUUCAGUGUUGCCAGUCGAUCCCGUGACACACAUUGUGACAAACAUGACUUUUUUUGUUAUAAUCUGCAUUUAUUGCCAGGCAUGAAACCUGUAACUUCAAGCUCCCUAAGAUAUAUUUGGCGAUUGUAUGUGAUUCUCAGGAUAUGAUGCUGAAGCGAACAUCAAAAUCAGUCUCGCUGGGCUGGGCAUGCCAAUUUCUUGCCUGGCAUGCCGGGCAUGCCAAACCAAGUGGCUUUACCAUCGGCAUGCCCGGCAUGCCAAACCAGAGGAGCAAAAACUGGGAAUGAAUUAUCAACCCGGCGAGAGAUCUGGGACCUAAGGUUGGCUGGAUCAAUUUUGGGUCGCGAGGGCAUGAACCCAUUUUUUCCAUACCUAUGAGAUGUUAUUUCUAAGUACCAAUGUUCCCUUGAAUUUUGUCAUGCCUAAAUAUAUAAUAUUUUCCCUCCCUCAUUAAUCCUCAGACUGGAUGCGAUUUUUACGCUCGCUAGGCAUGUUCAACUGAAAAUCAUGCCCAUACCCUCAUUCAAAACAAAAUGCUAUCAAAUUUUAGUUUCCAAGCCGUUUAAAAACACUACUAUAACACAGACCGUUAGCUGUCAUAACACUGAACAAACUUACAACAACAUCCUCCUUUCUCAUGCAUUUUGUUGCUUUUCUUCUGCAUGACUUAAUUCAGACUAAGUAUUAGCCUCCAUAGAGGAGGGCGAGGGGUGCGAGAGGUAAACUAUACCUAUGCAAUCCCGUGUCCCACUGGGCCCCGGUAAGUUCCACAUAGUGGUUCUAGUUUUUUUAAAAAAAUCUAUCGAGCGGUUUAAAAAUUAUUCACUAAUUUGUUAAAGUAGACUGAAAUUUUUACAAAACCGCUAACAAGAGCGCCAUACAUACUAAUCAAAUCCUUCUUUGUAGCAAUUGGCCAGAGCUAUCUCCAUGAUCUUUCACACACGUUAUUAAAAAGAUUGAAACUACUAUGAGGUGAAAUUCCAUGUCAAAAGCGCUUCGUUUUCUACAGAUAACGGCCAAACAUCAAGAUUUUCCUAUUUUUACCGUAUUUCUAACGAUAAAAACUUUAUCCCAAAAUAUCUCCGCAACGCUCUUACAGAUUUCGUUUUAACUUCACGAACAUCGAGGCGACUAUUGGAGGAAAAUGCUCCCGUGAAUGAUUUUGGAAAAACAGUUCCCAGUAAGGGACGGAUCAUUAGAAAACUUAUGGGGGGGGCGGGCGAAGUACAAAAAAAAAAAUUCGCGCAAGGGAAAAUUAAAUGAAAAAAAAUUCUUGCACGCCAAUUAACCCUAAGAAAUAUUCAUGCAAGGGCCUGAAAAAAAUUCAUACAAGGAAUUUGAUAACGAAAAAAAAUUCCUGCAGCUCGAAAAUUCCCCUCCCCCCCAUAACUUUUCUAAUGGUCCGUCCCUAAGAAAUGUUGCUGCAAGUACAAUAGGUAAGGGAGUCAUUUCGUUGCUAUGACAACUCCGAUGUUAUUACAACCCUGAUCAUAACAAUUUUUCAUCUUUAUUUAAUACAACUGUGGUGGCAAUUUUUUCAAAUGUUUGUUUAUGGUAACGUAGUUUAUGCUCAAACUUGGCAGGUAUUGACCCUGAAAAACUGUAUCGAGCCACUUUCAUAUGCCAGUACGGUCUAUGGCUGUUGCAUCGUAUGGCCCUGGUUUCUGUUAGACUGUUUUGUAAAAUUUGGGCAACUUGCAAGAAUUUUUUGGGCAAAUGGUUUACUCUCCCCGGCAAAAACUGAUUGCCCGUACGCCUAUGGCUUUAACGAAAUUACCAGUAAACUGUUUUGUGAGAACAUGACCUUCAUUUAGUAAAAGGUCUUCUCGUUUAUUUUGUUAAAAAAACACGAGAAAAGAACAGAGAAAUCUACUGCAUAGUCUUGUUCACUGGAAAGGUCACGCUUUAGAAUUAGGUCAGUAUUAUGACUACAAAUUGCGCGUUAUUCGUUGCUUUUUCACAAAAAUGGAGUCAGAUUAUCACGUAUUACUGUUCAUAAACUUAGUAGCUUUAAUCUGUAAUUACUGGUUAAGAUUUCAUUCACAAACAACAUCUCUCCGCCAGGGGAAUCUGAAUGGACACGCUCUGGUUAGCCGACUCAUUCACAAGGUCAAGAGUUAUACUUAAUUAUCUGCCUUCAUCAGAAUACAUAAUAAACAGCUACACAGGGAAGAGAAGCUCAAUAGCAUGCCUUAUUCAUCUCCAUUUUUUUCUUUGAAAGCACCUCAAAAUAUCAUGUUGUUACACUUCAUCGUCGUAGACUCAAGUACGCAUUACGGGCCUAUAUUUUCAACAUAACAGGCAAGCUCCAGAAUUUUUAAUAAUUGUCGAAAAAAAAGUCACGUAAUUUUAAAGUGGAGACCCAAAUCAGCGCAUUUAUUUUAAGAACAUAAGGCAAAUAUCAAGGGAUUCAAAGCCUUUCCCUUUGAAUUUACGCCCCUUUUUAUGUUCAAGUUGACGAGACGCUUAUUAAUACAACUGAUUAAUAUUACCCCAAAGGACAAUGAAUUUGUGACACUUUACAAGGCAGGUCAAGCGUAUCCCCCAAGAUUCUAUUAAUGAAUUGAUUAUUUGAAAACUGAAUACGUUAGUCGUUCCGGUAACUAGUGUCAAAUUCAAAUCGGCAUUCCUGUUAGACUGCGAUGCAGCCGACCCCACGCACUUGUCUAAACCAUUUCUAUAGUCUGUAUACAGAAGGUUUAGAGCGUCUGCGACGCAGGCAAGUUCCUGCAUUCCUGCAUGCGUAAUGAGCAGUGAAUAUUUUACGACAACUUCUCUGUAUUUGGUCAGAUUGAAAAUCUUUGAAUGGGUUAAAUUUCAUAGAAAACAUUUACAUCAAAUUCAGGGAAACCGAGCUGGUAGAAAUUUCGUAACUGACUCGCGUGUGAAUUCACGGCUCAUUACGCAUGCAAGAGUGCAGAGAUGAAUCUACCAACGGAUUCAACUUUCGAAUAACAAAUUCCUUAAUGUAAUAAUCUUGGGGGGUACGCUUGACUUGGCUUGACUGUAAUAGUAUGGAUCACAAACACAAAGAGUGUUGACCGCUUUUCUGGAUUGUUGUCACGAAGCAGAGUUAUUAAACGUAUGCAAAUUCACGGCGUCGUUCUGAGCUCGUAAUGGGACUUUUCCGUCGAAAUUCAUAGCUAACCAGCAACAGUCGGCGCCUCCUGCUAGCCUGAGUAUCAGGCCUUCCUAAGGGGCCAGGGGAGAGGAGAUUUUAGCUGGGGGAAGGGGGAUUUUAGGUGGCCUUCAGCUCUCUCCCUUUUUCGCUUCCAUCUUUCCCCCUUUCCCCAGAAACGCCUGAUACUCAGGCUACCUCCUGCGAACGCUGCAACUCAGUCAUUUUCGUCCGAACCGGCAGGAGGAGCUCCGCAGCAAGUGGCGGUCGUCCCCGGAGACAACAAGUUGAACAAGUCCCAACCACCCCGUAAGUUUGUGUUCCUGAUCCUUGUGGUUGUUGUUGUACCAUUGUGCAUUUGUUGUACCUUCCUGAGGGGUACACACUUUAGAAAAGUCUGUUUGAAAUGUUUCGGUCACCUUAUUAAUUGGCAAGGCAAAAACUUUCUGGCGAACGAGCGAAUGAUAAAUAUCACAAAUAUUACGGCGUUGCUAAAACGAGGAUAAGGGUAACACCAAGGGUGGGGGUGAGGUUAGGGUUAGGGGUUAGGGUGAAGGAUUAUAAGAAAAAACAAGGAAAAUAUAACUAAUCGAAUGGCAAAAGGAUUAAUCUCCAAUUGGUUUCCAUGAGUAGAAUUAAUAUGAGAACUCUGAGGCCAGACCAGGGGAGGGAGAUCAGUAGACAAAUUUCCGGUCACUGAUUUCUGGUCUUCCUCAACUCUAGGACCGAUGUUUUUUCUACAGGCUUCGUCUGCAAAAGAACGCAAUUUCAGUGAGAAAAUUUCUUUUUUGUGCUUAGCAAAACCAGUAAGAGUAACGGAUGAAUGACAGCUGCAUGAUCAUCGGUACAGUUAUGUUUCCAUACGCUUUCACCCUACCAUUAAACUCAUCCUCACCCUCACCCCCAAACUCACCCUCACCCUCACCCUUACCGUCACCCCUCACCCCCACCUUGGUGUUACCCUUACCCUCGUUUUAGCAGCGCCGCAAAUAUCACAAACGUUUUGACGCGAGCACAUGUGUGUCGUAAUCUUAAACGUCGAUUAAACGUCUAGGAAGCAUGUGUAUAUUGCAAGAAAUAUUAGGUAUGUUAUGUCUAUGAAGCGACCUUUAAUAAGCAAACAAUAUUAACCCUUCACGGAAUUUUGCAAUUGAUACAUAAGCUGGAAUAAGACGGUGAAACGGCAAAGUAGAAAUUUUCUGUUUAAUCUGAGUCAGUCAUGUUACUUUUAUGGGCAUCACGUUUUGCCUAAACACAUACCAGUUGUUGUUCGUAAACUGUUAAGUUUUGUCUUUUAAAGUUAUCGUUGUUGAAUGAAGUAAAAAAAGAGCUAUCACCCUGUACAUUUUGGUGAAAAAUUUAGACGAUUUAUACAAUGUCAAUGUUUUUAACCUCGACGUUGUUGCUAAUGAGCCAUUGUAAUUAGAAACUUCAGCUUGGAAACCAAAUCUGUAUUUUGCAAACUUUAGUUAGAAACACUUGCUAUGUAGGCUAAAAUGGGUAUCAAAUUUGUCGUGAUUUGCGAAAGUUUGUAAUAAAGCAGCGAAGUGACAACAUGCCAACGAAUAAUGCAUCAGAAUACCUUCUAGAGACUGUGUUCAGUGGUUGUCGAGUUCUCUCUGCCGAUAUAACGUUUGUUAUUAACACAGUGAUUAACAUACCGGUAAAUUUAUUACAGUGAUUAUCUUGAGCUGUUGGUCUUUCAAGUUUGGCUAUGUAAAAAACAGUAGUUCUCACAACCUGAAACUGCGCACUUUGCUAUACCGGAAUUUUCCUUCUGAUCUACUCUCAUUUUUCCGGCCAAAAAAACCCCCGAAAACUUGAAGUCCCCUUAACUGCGCCAAAGUUGGCGACUUAAAUGACUUGAAUGUAGGUACGUUCGCCAGGCUUGCUGACCAUAAGAAUUACAAACGCUUUUCCUAAUGACUUAUUAAACGAGUUUCCUGUUGAUAACCAAAGUAGAAUGAACAAACCUAUGAAAACCGAUACAAGCGUGACAGCAGUAUACCCACGAGGCUCUACCUUAAACCGCAAAACAGGAACUGUGAUGUAGGUAACAAUCAAGGUCAGCGAUGGUCCCAAAACGUGCUCACUUCAAGGACUGAUACUCAAUUUUUGCGUUCGAGGUACGAGAACGCAACCCCUAAUUUGUGUUGGGUGUUCUGUGCAUUCUUGGGAUUCCUGUGCAAUUAAUAAGGGAGGUGUCUUUUGGAGAUUGCAUUCGUCGUCGUCGUCGUCGACACACUUUUGCCUCGCUUUGAGGCGCUUGCUUACGUUGUGUUUCACUUUGACGCGCCAACUCACGUGGUGAUUCGUGUGUCCUCGGCGUUCAUCUUUCAAACGUUUGCUGAGGUCUGCUAUUCUGUCUUCGUAAAUCGUUCAUCUUUUAAAAGUGUGCUGAAUCUUCGUAAAGUGUACAUAUUUAAGAGUUUGCUGAAGGUCUACUAUCGAUCUGUGUUUAAUGAAUCUUCCAAAGCGUUCAUCUUUCAAAAGUGUGCUGAAAGUUUACCGCCUGAGUAAAAUUUUACUUUGGAUUACUGCGCUUUUCACAAACAUGCAAAUUCUGAAGUUCAAAAGCCAACUGACGAUUGCGUUUUUCGCUGCCGUCAAUCAUCUUAACGGACCUCUUAGGAAACAAAACUUUACUUUAGCGGGCACAAAAGGUCAAGGUUUGUGAUUUGUGAUUGGUGGAUUUCGAUCCGUUCAGUUUGUGUUUCUGUGUUUCAAGCUUCUUUGCUUGUGAUCGUAAUUAUGAUUGACGGCAGCGAAAAACGCAAUUGUGAAGGCGGCUUUUGAACUUUAGAGUUCGCAUGUUUGUGAAAAGCGCAGUAAGCCUUCGUAUUUUUCUAUGGAAAAUGCGUGCUACUCCUGGUCAUGGUGCACGCAUCAAACCGGGUUGUUUAGCUUGGCGUCCGUUGUGCCACAAAGCAAAUUUACCGGCGAGUUGUGAAGCUCAACGUCUGUUGUGCCACAAAGUAAAUUUACUGAGUUGUGUAGCUAGGCGGCCGUAGUGCCACAAAGUAAAUCUACCGAGAUGUGAAGCUCGGCGGCGGCCGUUAUUCCACAAAGUAAAUCUACCGAGAUGUGAAGUUCAUCAUGACUUGUGAUAUUUUUCGGCACUGGACAAACGAACAUUUUAGCUCUAUGUUAUUUAUUCUGAAAAAUGUGACCAGCCCACUGUAGCCAACUCAAGCCACUGAAAUCAAUACACUCAACCAAAUUACUGGAAAAGUUAUUGACGUGAGCCGCACACACAUUCCACUGAAGGCUUUGAUGAUUCCCUUGAAACGUGUCAAAUUGAGAGAUGUAGUGUAAGUGAACCAGUGUUCAAACACAAUCAUUGUGCCCCAGCAUUAACCACAAAAACGUGGUCUUGGGUCGUUCUCUAAUAUCAUCACAAGUUAAGAAGACUUGCUAGUAACGGUUUUCGGCAUUUUAUAGUAAAUUUCAGUAAUUGUCUACAUGUGGAAUUCCCAAUAUUAAAUAAAAUUAAUGAUUACAUCUAAAACUUUGUUAACUGUUUGCUUUUUAACAGUACCUGGGACGGGUUGUUCAAAGCUGGGUUAACAUAACCCAGGCGAGGAGGGUUAGUGCGAAAUUUGAACUCAGAUGCGAAAGCUUCAUUUUGCCAACAAGUUGAUGAUUGGACGCUCUUAAAAAUAACUGAGAAAAUUAUCCAAAGAAAUGUUUUUUAACAAAAGAAAAAGAAACCCAGGUUAAGCGCUGAUCGGCCUUCGAACAACUGCGCCCUAUAGAACAUUUAUUGCGCCAGUAAAACAAAGAGUUCUUUUUACACGCCCGAAGCACUCUGGUCAGUGUCUCCUCAAAUAACAAGCACUUGAGACGAACCAUACGAUAUCACGCUGAUCACUGGCUUCAAAACCUUUUCAUUAUCAUACACAGUUUCGAGGUUUGGCUGUACGCAACCCUUACGUUCAAAAUAUGCCAUAAUCAUAGUUAUCUAUCGCAAGAACCAUCCACCCUUUCCCCUCAACUGCUACCUGUACGCCUAGCAAACAUAUCGAACGUACUCUCCUAAGCUCAGAGUACUCCUAGUAAUAAAUGACAUUCAUGUUGGAAAAAAGUCUUUAAAAGGUAAUAUAAUUUAAAAACCUGUCGAUACAAAUACGGAUUAACCUUGAUCUACUAACUGAUCAUAACAAAACUCUAUGCACGAGUGAAACGUGAAGUGCAAACAUGAAAUGAACUAAAAGUAGCCUACAAAAUACUUCACAACAGCUGAAAUAAUCAUAUCUAGCCUUUAACAAUGAAAGGAAAUGGAUAUUAGGUGUUUUAUAUGUACAUCAACAUAGGUUAAUAUGUAAUUAGUGUUAAGUUACUAUAUCUUCUUCCAUAAAACAUAUAAUUUACAAAACACGAAAACAAGAUUUUUUUUGGAGAGUUAAACCAUGAAGAAAAAGGACCGUUUUAACUGUAAUAGUGCGUCCUCUUAAACGUUUUUCGGUCCAAGUACUGUAGUUCUUUAUGUCUUAUGACCACUUGCUCGAUGGAAUCAACCAUUGUUCUGUAAAGACCGCAAACAAAUAUUGCCCUGAUAUUCGAUUAUUUUUGCUAUUGAGAUAGCAAUAUUGAAAAUGCGAUAACUUCGUAAAUAUUUAAGAUUACGUGGAGUUUUUUCAAAUGCACCGACGAGCUUUGUGCCGACGGAACUGAAAAUUAAAUUCAGAAAGACUUCAUUUUUUUUUCGAUUUUACAAGUCCCGUUGGCUAAAUUUAAAUGGGAAUGAGUAACAUAUAUAAUGUUAAGUGAGUGGGAUGCGGGAGGCUAUUACUUGUAACUGAGUACUUCUUAUAUGAACGUAUAUAUAAUCUUUUUUUUUUUCUACAUUCCCUGAUAUAUUCAUUGUUUAAUUGUUUUAAUCUUUUUUAACAAUAAGUAUUAUUAUUCCCAUGCAUUUUAUACAUGAGCUUGCGGCUUGGUUCAACCCUUUCCUGUGCUAUGAAACUAAUAAAUUGAUCGAUUGAUUGAUUGAUCGAUCUUUUUGCAGGAUUUUGUUCCAGCUAGCUCGAUAAUCCGAACAAUCCGGAUGUCUAAAUCCGAAAAAGGGUUUUGCUUGGAACGCAACCUUUGAUCAAGGGAAACGAAAUUGAGUUCGAGUUAGCGGGGAAUUCGAGUUACUCGAGAUCUAUUGUCCGUCUUCUACAAGGUUGUUUAGUGAACAUAAUUACCGGAUAAAACAAAUGCCAGCCCUUUCCACAUAAAACAAUAAUGUUAGCAAGUACGUGGUAUCUCGAGGGCAAAUAAUAAUUAACUUAUCUCUCGGUUUUGUGGCUAGCUUUAACUGUUCAUCGUUUCCACCAUACUAAGUGGAGAAUACUGAUUAUUGGUAACUACUGCUGUAUGACAUGCUGUGUAAUCACGCCUUCCCUAGGUUUUCGAAGGAAACCAUGUGUUUCCCGAGUUAAAUUGUAAGCAUGAAACGGAAAACGACGUGAGAAUAGUACACAAUGAAAUGCUGCAAACAUCAAAGAUAAAAACAACAGUUGGAUUAUAUGUCGGCCGCUCCCAACCGGCGCAAAAGCCUUUGCUUUUUGUUCAAAUAUUGUGACUGUGACUGAAUAAAUUAAAGGCCCCUUUCUUUUAUUGGCCAAUCAAGUCAAAAUGAUAGAAAUGCUAUUGUACAUUGUGAACCGUCCCGUCCAAAAAAACAUAAAAAGUGAAAGUUCUAGAAUAAAAAGUAUCAUUUACCCAAAAGCAACAUGAGAGGCACUUCCUCAAAGACGAAGACCCACAGACACCGGGCCACAGAUGUACCAGCAAGUACAUUCUAUCUAGUCAAACUGGUGGAAGAUAAUGACUAUGUUGCCCCCGUUAUAAUUAAAUGGCUCCGUCAGGACCUUGGGAUCCUUUCCUUUCUGUCAACGGCCUCCAAAGAUUGAUGGGAUGACUGGUACAAUUACAAGCAUAAAUUUUUAGUGCAUCCUUGCAUUCGACAGGGGACAUUGUUCUCAGUUACACUGAGCAGGGAGAAGCCAUGUCUAGUAGGCUCUAGCCUGUGUACAGCCGCCCCCUCCCUUCAAAACAAAAAAUCUCUCUCUCCCGCCGAUUUUUAGGGGAGGUGGCGUCUGUACACAGGCUAGUAGGCCCAGAAAAGAAGAAGAAGGGUGGCUACAUCAACUGACUUUCAUUUCUCUUAGAACAACCAUUAUUACUUCGCUAACGACUAAUUUUUGGUAAAGUUAUUAGAUAGGCUUCGAAAAAUGUACAUCAGUGGAAAGGUCAUCUUGAACUUUUUAGCCGUCCUCAAUAUAAUUAAUUGGAAAAUUCUAGGUGAUAUUUAAUUGCUUCUUUUACAGGAAAGAGUCGUUGGGUGCCCCUAACAUAGCCUAAGUUAAAAGGUUCUUUAGACAAGCUUAUGACGCAAAAAGAAUCGUUAGUUCGCAGCCUUCACUUGAAACAUCUUUCAACUCUAAUUACUUCUAUUUUAAGAAGCACCAUCUCAGCUAUUACAAUAUCCUGAGCACAACAUAGGAUCUCAACCUUUUUCAGUAACUGAACUUCAAAAGUAGCUUUAUGUGAAACAAGUGGCAAAGUAAUUGGGAGGCGGCUGAUUAUAUGCAAAUGCCACAAUGGUUUUCUGUGCAUUAGAAAUGCAUGAUGAGAAACUUUUUAAGCAAAGUACCAGGUUUUUGAGAAAAAUCCACUUUUCAGCAUAAAACAACCAAAUCUGGCUAUUUAAUGUAAAAUCAGGUGAACAAAUAGGCAAAAAGCGAUUUUUAGGUUUUUUGAUUAAGCCCCAGGGGUAUAUUAUAAAUAGAUGCCUUUUAACUAAAGUAAUAUCCUUGUUUGAAAUUUCCAUUCGUACUUAGAUUCUCUUUUUUUGUCUCUGUUAUAAGGAAUGUUCUUAUGAGAGCACCCUCUUUCCAGUUAUUACCGAUUUCCCUUUUUUUUACUUUUGAUUCAUAAAUGUCAAAACAUGUUUAUGAGAAUAAACACACGUCAUGAGCCUCAAAGCGCGCGUAAGUGGUUUUUCUUAGUGAAACGGUCAGCAAGAUCCCUUUAUCUCGAAUGAAAUUAGCUCUAAGUGGGAGAUAUUGGACCGUCGGUGUUAAAAGGCAGUUUGAUACAAUAGUACUAGUGAGUUUGACUCCCUGACUGAAUAAAUUAAAGAGACGUUUUUUAUUGGUCAAUCAAGUCAAAAUGAUAGAAAUGCUAUUGUACAUUGUGAACCGUCAGGUCCACAAAAACAUAUAAGAAAAGAGUCUCACAGGCUUCAUAAUCAUUCCACUGUAUCAACCGUGUUAAGACGAAGCUGAAGUUAGAUUUUAAUUGUGAGGCCAGGAUCUCUAUCAGAACGUAAGGUUCGUGUUAAAUUUUCAUCCAUUCAGUUUCCGCCCGGUGUAUCAUCACCGUUUUGACAAGGUAGCUUAGUUUUAUGCAGUAGAUUCUCGUCCAAGCCCCGGCAGGACUGUUGAGACUCUCAGCUCCAAACUGGGAGCAAUCUGACUUGGUUAUGAUCGACAAAUUGAUAAAAAUGUCCUCAUAUGUUAGUUGUCUCCUGAGACUAAAUCUAACACGCUGUUACAAGAAAACUCAUGCAUAUGCGCAGUAAGCAAAGAAAAGCGAGAGCGCCGAUAGCUUACAAUAGUGGCCGUUAGGAAUUUUUAAUGUGCUUUCUUAGAGAACUCAACAUAGAGCCAAAUUUUAGUUCACAUUGAUUUAUCAGAGUGAUCAAUUUGAACUCACCCUUCCCAUAUUAUUUUAUUUCUUUCGUUGAAAAAGAUGUGUGUAGAUGUAAGUAAUAUUAAUUUGAAGCAUAAGCAAGGCUACCCUGGGUUCCAGAGGAAUUUUUUUUUCUUAUCGAUACUGACGGUUCGCGGCGAAGCCGCGUCAACGAGACGCGAAGCGCCGAGGAGAGCUUUAUUAAACCGUAAACACGUUUUAUUUCAUCUUAGGUAUUUUGAGAACGGACCUCUGGAGCCAGGGUAAAGCAAGCCGGUCAGGCUUACUAUAAAAAAUAUCAACCAUUUUCAUAAAUUCACAAAUUUACGUUUCUUUUAAUUAUAACGUCUAGAAUGGCAGACAGCAAACUUGUAGUUGAAAGAAAGAAAGAUCUUCAAAAGAAGGUGGGAUGGCUUCCUAUCUUCCUCAUUGAAAAGUUUCAAAAUUGGGGCGAAACGCAGAAGAUGAGUGUUCUUUCUAUCAAGCCAAGAAGCGUCGAAGAUGUUAAAAAAGUCGUAAAGGCAGUUUCCGACUAUAACUCUGAGGGAAGAAAUCAACGAGUUUCGAUCCGUUGUGUUGGUGAUGGCCAUUCUUGGUCUCCUCUCUUUCCUGAUGACGGAAGUAUUUUAAUGUACACCUCAGAACUGGUUCCAAGCUCUGGAAAGCGUAUUUCCCUGAAAGAGGUUUGUUUAUCGUAUAUAUGCUACAUUCUAGAAGUGGAUGUUGAUUUCUUGCACGCUAAUUAAUUUCAAAUGACACCUCAAAUCACAGGAUAAGAAGCUGGUUACCGUAGAAGCAAUUAAGACUGUUCAACCUCACAUCUGUGCGUUGUGCGGCUAAUUUUGUAAAAAUUAAAAGAUUUGUUCUUAAAUAGUGUCACACACACACACCAAAAGCUUUAUUUGCAUGACCAUAAAGGAAUUACAGUAUUGCAAAAGCUAUUAGUCUAAAUUUAAGUACUAAUUCAACUAAUUAGUACGUGCAAAACAUUACAAAACGUUACAGUUCUCAUUUAUUCAUUCAUUGAUAUUCAUUUGGUUCUUAAUUCAAAGUAUUGCGAGAUAAAUGAAACUAAUUGACAGUUAAUUAAAUAAUCAGAAGAAUUCAUAAGAAGAGAUAUUAAAGUAUCGUGUGAAAGUUAUUUGAACUCAGGUAUUUUAGUUUCUAGUUUGGAGAAAAAUAUGUCUCUGAUCUGAGAAUAAGCCUUACAAUCUAGUAAGAAAUGAUUUUCAUCUUCGAUUUUGUUACUUGUACAAAAGUGACAUAUCCUUUCAUUGCGAGGAAUGUUUUCGUAUCUACCUGUUUCAAUUCUAAGUUGAUGACUACUUAUUCUAAAUCUAACUAAUGCUUUUCUCGAAGGGUUUUUUCUUGUUAAAACUAGGUACGGCGAGGGGCUAUAGUCGUCUUUGAUUGUACAAUAAACACUGAGUUUUUGUGAUUGUUGAAGGGUCUGAUUCCAGUCAGAGACGUAUUUAUUUUCCAUUAUGCCGAUAUACCUAUUAACUAUUGAGUCACUCAAUGAAUUACAGGAAAAGUCAUAGUUUAGAUCAUAGUAGUCAACCAUUUUCAUUAGAUUACAGGGGCACCCAAAGGGAAAUUUUGAGAAAAAGACCUAAAAACAACAACAAAGCGUGAAUAAAGUUUUCUGAGACUAUUUUAAGCAUUUUGGGAGAUUGCUGGAAAAAAAUUAUCUGUUCCUCACUCCCAGCAAGACUGAUGGAAGAGUUCCCAGCCAGCAACCUUACAACCUGCAACCUGACUUACUGGGAAGUUUCGUAGGGCACAAUUCAGAUCUUGAGUGUUAAGUAACCCAUACAAGUGACCCGUAGCAGCUAUUGUAGACUUCAAAUCUCCUCUGACACCCUGAAUUAUCUUUUUCCCAGCAACACUUUCCUUCCAAGGACUAUUAUUUCUUCCACAUCUCCCAGCCAGCAAAAAUGUGCCUGAAGAACAGAUAUUUUGAGGAACAGAUCCAUUGGGUGCCCCUGAGAUUAGAGUAAAAGCUAGUUUUUCCGUUAUGAUGAAGGUCAAUUGAAAUUUGUAAGGCCUGUUUAACUAUAGAAUCUUCAUCUUUACCUCUCAGAUAGUCUAAGUAAUUUAGAAUCUUUUUAUUUAUAUCAAUGAUCAUGGGAAAUUUACCGAGUUCAGCUCUACAAGCAAUGUUGGAUGCCUUGUUAUGUACUUGUAAAUAACGUUUACAGAAUUGCAAAUGGGUUUUUUCAAUUGCAGAGCUGUCCCAGGACUUAAAAUCUGAUUUAACAAAAGCACCCCAAACUUCACUGUUGUAGGUUAGAAUUGGUGAAAUCAUAGAGUCAAAAAUUUUACACGCAAGUGAGGGCUUAAGACUAUUCAAAUCCGUGUGCCGCCUGAGGCUGAAGAGCGCGUGAAGAGCUUUUUGUCGGAGAUGUUCAAGCGAAAGUGUAAAAUUUCCGGAAGAUGGAAUGCGAGUUCCUAAGUAAGUAUAGUUUUGGACAACGUCGAUUACUUCAUUGCCUAUGCGGAAGUUAUGUUCACAUUUUCGAGUGCAUCGUUCAAAUAUCAUUAUUUUGGUUUUCUUAGGAUUUAUUCUAAGCAUCCAUGAGUUGCAAUAUGAAGAUAGUACGUUAAGGCAGUUUUGUAGACCAAGUUUGGAUCGCGAUAAUAUUAUCAAGUCAUCUGCGUAAAGGAGAGAGUUGAGUCUGGUGUCAUUUGGUAACACGAAGGGGACUGAUAAAACAUUGUCAAAUGAGAACGCUAGAUCGUUAAGAUAUAAGUUAAAGAGCAGAGGGCUUAAAAUGCAGCCUUGCCGCACUCCUCUUGCGUAUUGAAAAGAUCGCGUUUUGUUAUUUCCAAUCCUGACAGAGCAGGUAGACUUCGAGUAUAGACUCUUAAUUAGACUAUAAAACUUUCCUUGGACAUUGAUCUUAGAUAACUUAUAGAGAAGCCCAUCAUGCCAAACCGAAUCAAAAGCUUUCCUAAAGUCAACAAAACACGCAUAUAUUUUCUCCUUGUGACAAUGGACAUAUUUGUCUAUUAAUGUUCGAAGUGUGAGGACAUGAUCUGCUGUUCUAUUAUUUGCUAGAAAAACAAAUUUGAGACUUGUGAAGUAUAUUAUCUAAGUCAACGUGCCUUAGAAGUCUCUGAUUGAGAAUUGAACAAAAUAGUUUUCCAAUACAACUGGAAAUACAAAUUCCACGGGAGUUUGAUGGAUCGCUUUUAGUGCCACAUUUAAAAAUUGGUGUAAUGAGGCCAUCACACCACAUUUAGGGCAUAGUUCCUAAGUCGAGGACCGUGUUAAAUAGUUUUAGAUAAACAGGCAUUAAUUCGUUUAGGCUAGAUUUGAUCAUUUCGUUUUUUAUUUUGUCUGAAAAAGAAGAUUUGUUGUUUUUCAGUUUUCCAGCUGCAGUGCGAAUUUCACUUUCAGUGAUGAGGUAAUCCAAGGAGUGAGAUCGUGUCGUAAUAUCCUUUGAUUUCUGCAACUCAUCUAUAAUUGCCUCCUGCUGUUCAUUAAGGGGUUCAUUCGAGUGCAAAGAUUGAAAGUGGGACAUCCAUUUUUCUUCAGAAAUUGGAGGGGUGUAGGUUUCCUUCAUAGUGUCGUCCAUUGACUUCAAACAGUUCCAAAAGCUCUUAUUGUUCGAAUUUUCGACCGUAUUUUCGAGUUCACAGAUCUUAUUGCUAUAGUAUUCGUUUCUCUUAUGUUUCAAAAGGUUUUUAUAUUGUUUUAAGACGUUGUGAUACUCUUCCCUGAGAGUAUUGUUUAGAGGAUCUCUAUGUUUUUGAUUAGAAAGUUUCCGCAGUUCAUGUCUUUUAUAGCGGCAUUCUUUGUCGAACCAUUUUUGUUCGAAGAUAUUUUGCAACGUCGCUUUUUUGCUGUUUUGAUCUUCAAACAGCGUUUGGCGGUUGAAAUAAGAAUAUUUUCUACAGCAUGAAGGUUCAUGUCAGCAUUUCUCGUGAUUGUUGUAGUAUUCAUAAAAUCGUGGAUCAUUCUUUAAUGUCUUCAGACUGUAAUGUAGCUCUAAAUUUUUGUGACGAAUCGUUUUCCCAGUGUCAUACAUUAUGAGUAGGUGACUUCCUCUCCCUCCCAGCCCCACGCGAAGCCGACAAGACGACGACGAAGUUCUUAACUUAAUACCAUUAAUUGUACAAGGAUUCUUCAUCUCCGCCGUUAAUUAACUAAAAGCAAAAUAUACAUAAAUCCAAGCAUAGUGGACAAUAUUGUAUACCUUUCUCGUAUCAUAUGAUAUUAACCAAAACCUGAAAGGACGAUUAUUUGUUGUUGUUUUUUUGUUUUUUUGUUUUUUUUACAGGGAGAUGAUACGCUCGCAGUGACUGUUGCACCUGGUGUGACUACUGGAGAACUAAGCGAGUUUUUCAAAAGAACUAACGUGUGUUUUAAAACAGAUGUUAUCCUAGACAAGGUGACAUACGGCGGAGUAAUUGCACCUGGCUGUCAUGUAAGAUAAUGCUGCAUGCUAUCUAUAGCCUGCGCUAUUUUUUCGCUAUUUUCGGGUGCCAAGCGGACGUGGAACGCGGGACACGCGCGACGGGUACGCCGACGCUGUCGUGCGUGUCUCACGUUCAACGCAUGCAGGCUUCUCUCUUGACUCCGCUCGCUCGAAAAAAGCCAAAAAAUAGCGUCUGCUCUACAAGCCAUGCUAUCCAUGGAAUAAAUACCAGCUUUCACCUGCCCUCCCAAAAUUAAUUCAGUGUCUUUAACUUUCAGGGCGUAGGUAAAGAUCAACUGGCGGUGUCUGAUUACGUGUUAGGAAUGUCCAUCGUGGGGGCUGAUGGAGAGGAAAAACGCUAUGAUUUUUCAUCAGAAACUGACGACAAAGCUAACGCCUUGAAGGUAAAGACAGUCCUGACUUGAUACCUGCAUUUGGCAAUUUACUCUUUGCCAUGAGUAAUUACAUCGUACUUCCUUCACGUAAAUUUUAGGCGGGGAGUCGGAUAUUCAAUCAAGACUGUCCUAAAAGGAACAAAUGCUCGAAGGGGCUGCAUGUUCAGCGGAGAUGUUGAAGCGGUUGAAGUCUUUGAAGUGACCUGUGUAUUAAUUCAUGGCGAAGGAAAUACUCUUAAAAUGUUUAUCACGAAGACCAGGCAUUUAUCAAAACCGCCGCUGUGUCUGUCACUGAAAAUUUAUUACAUCCAUUUUGAAAUCACUGGUGAUCCGCUCUCAGCAGUGUGAUUUAUUCAAGAACUACACUUAAUUUAUGCUUUAAGACCUCUAAAUCAAAUCUGUUCUAAAUCGCAUUAUUCUUACUCCAAAUCAAUUCAUUCUGUUCAAAAUCGUGUCAUUUUUGCUCUAAUUCCCAUUAUUUCUGUUUUCCAUGCGAAAUAAAAUAAAAGCGUUUCCGAUUCCACUUUUCAACAAACCGGCUACUGGAUCUCUCAAAUAUUAGUAUUCAAUGAAGUUUGCGAAUUCAAAAAGGCUGCAAUAAAGAGCUCGAGGUAAUUGAACUUUGUGUCGUGCAAUUUAUAUCUGAAAUCAUACUUGUUACAGUGGAACCAGAUAUAACGAUCAUCGCUGUAAAAAUGCUCGCGGUAUAACGAUGAUUAUUAAAAGCUGAAUCAUUGGAUAAUGCAAUUCUAGCGUUUUGAUUGGCUUAGCCAUCAUGGUAUAUGAGCCACUGCUAUAUUCCUACACUUUCACUCAACUAACUAGGGACAACCAUUGGCUGAUUCUUGGUCACAUGACCUUGACUAAAAUCAAAUUUAUCCCGCUCGUGAUACAUUAAGGUGGCAGAACACAGUUUUGGCAGUUUGUGAUUAUAUGUCAUUUGCCAAAUCAUGGCAAGAGAAAGGUUGCAGCUCACAAGCUGAAACUUGGCAAGUGAAAAAUAAACUGAUGAAAAAUUUUGAAUGACAGGUAAAAUGUGACGUUUACGUAGUUUCCAUGGCAACAUGUACGAUUGAAUACAACCUUAAAAUUUCACUUUUGCUCAGUUUACAUAAAAUUCGCUCAUUAGAUUUUCUUAUAAACUUGCACACAGCUUACUACAAUUAAUCAUUACCAUUUGAAACUUAUUUGACCAAAUUUUAAUGGACGGGUUUUUAGAUAAUCAAUAAUAUGAUUGUACUGUAAUUAUUAAAUGUGUCACAAAAUUCGUCCGUUCAACUUCCAUUUUAAAGUUCUCAUUACUAAAAGUACGAUAAAAGUAAAAAAAUUCUGCCAAAUAUCACAAAAUUUCAGUGGGUAGAUUUUGAGAAAUUGUCUUCUGUCUACCAUUGCUUUUUUCGCCGCCAUGUUUGUUUGUCUAAUUUAAAACACGCGCCGUCACGCGAGUUACCGCUGACCGCCCGCGAAACUGUGUUCAGCCGCUUUAAGCAAUGUACCCCGCUCAGGAUACAUUACAGCACGUGAUCAAAGCAUGGUGGAAAGUGGCGUGACAGAAGGGGGGAAAAACACGGCCAGUUUUCUUUUUCGUGGAUGAACACAAAAACACAAACAUGAAGCCUCAAGCUUAAGAGCAACGAUUUUCAAAGUUAUCCCAGAAGAGAAACAGCAGCUAGUGGAGGAAAAAGAUGCAGAUAAUAUAAGCAAAGUACUUUUUAAAUCAUUCAUUCAGUGGUUUUGAGAAUUAAAUUUGUGUUCUUAUAAGUACCGAGCCGACUGUUUUGUUUCGUUCCUCUUAAGCGUAUCCUUUUGUUGCUGUUGAGGUACUUUGAAGUGAAAGUCUAGAAAUAUAACAAAACACUUAAUGUCAGGUCCCUCGGGAAACCAGUUAGUUUUGUUUUCCCGAGAGUCCUGAUGUUGGCCCGAGACGAAGUCAAGGGAAACAUCAGGACUCAAGGGAAAACAAAACUAACUGUUUCCCUUGGGAUCUGACAUUAAGUUUAUAUUAUACCAUGCUCUCCAUAUAUGGUCAGUGUACGCGUCAGUUCGAAAUUAGAAGCUAGCUGAGACUUUUUUUCGCGAAGGAUAGAAUGGCGCCCAAAGAAAAUAGUUUUAAUUCUUAGAAUAAUAGAAAAUGCAAUUUCAUCGGGAAAAAAAGAAACAGACAAACAAAAAAGCCACAAUAGUUUGAUGAAAGUUUAUCGAAAAACACAUGAAAAUACAUGAAACUAAAAUUCCUUGACCAGCUACGAAAGAAGACAAGUGUUGUUUCUUCAUGAUCGCGAAGCCAUUUGCUGAUAGAUAACUGCAGCCUGUUCAUCCGACAUAAAGAAUACAAAUCACAAGCAACUAGCUACAAAUAAGACUAUGCAGCCAUACACUAGAACAAUCCAGGCGUCAGUGUACUGAGCUUCUUCUCUCGUUCAGCAAAACCAGCUGGUGGCUUCAAACAACUUCAUAACAAGCUUUGCAUGAAUUUCUGAAUGGCGACCGAGGGAACAGUUUUCCUCCACUGUUCUAAAUUUUGUAACUGCACCAAAGAUCCAAAUUAACAGUACUUUUUUUUAGCUGUCCUGCUGUGUAAAAUCCUAGCAUCCCGAUGAGUUUUUAAAAGUGUUCAUCGCCAUUAAUCAGGGACCGCGGAGGGGGAGGGGCUGGUAGGGCUAUAGCCCUACCACUUUUAUUGCUGGGAUUUAUUAUCUAGCGCUCCAGUUGACAUGGAAAAAGUAUGGAUUUUUCUACUUGAAAGUAAUAUUAGGUGUCUACUCUUGCAUAUUUCAUGCCUCACGUCAAAGGCCCGGAUGUCACAAACGAGACGCUCACAAAAAUGCGCACUGAUCAGAGCUUCGACCAUUGCUCUCCUGGUUGGCGAACCGACGCUUCCAAGAAAGCGACGCGCUCCGGCCAGACUGGAGGUUGGUGUUGGUGCACCUAGGCUAUUUUCCCAAACUGCCGAAGGUCACUUUUAAGAUUUUAAGAAGGGUCUAUUACGAGGCUAUUAAUCUUAUCGUCAGUGCUAUCGAUCAGCGCCUUAAUCAGGAAAGCUUCAGCUCCUACGCCCAGAUGGAAACUUUCUUGGUUAAAGCUGCUAAUGGUAACGACUAUGAGGCAGAGUUCAAGAUUCUUGAAGCAUCAUACAGCAAAGAUGUUGAUAGCCUGCGAACGGCAGACGUUUCUUCUCGCUCAUCGCCGCAGACGUUCCUCCUCACGACACGUCCUUCAGCGGCGAUGAGCAAGGAGAAACGUCUGCCGUUCACAGGCUAAGAUGUUGAUACAUGGGCGCUACCUGGGCAACUAAGCAUUUUGGAAGAUAUGUUAAAUGAAGAGAAGACAUCGUGUUUUGACGAAAUCCUGUUGGCAGUGUCAAAGUUUCCAGAACCAGAACAAAUAAUCUGUAAGCUGCUUGCUGUAAAUCCUGCUACCAGGGCUACUAUACUGACGAGCGUUCAUUCUCAUCUGCACGGCGUCUGAAGACGUGGCUUCGAUCCAGGAUGGAUCACGAAAGGUUUAGCCUAGCAAUGAACAGACAGUGUCUCUAUAGGGUUGCACAGGAGUUUGUUUCCCGCAAUGAGAACCGCAACUUCAAGAUUAAGUAGGUUUAUUUAACAUAUUGACUAUAUUGGAUAGUAUAACACGUGUCGACCUUUAUGUUACAUUCUUUGAGGCUGUAAAUAGGAUGGCGCGCAAGUGCACUUUAAGUGGCGAAACGCUGACCUUAAUGUUUUCUUGUACUGGCCAGAUUUUUUAGCCCUACCACUUUAAAAUGGUCUCCGCGGUCCCUGUUAAUAAUGUUUUGAUUUUUCAUUCAUCCAGUCCGUUCGCUCGUUGACAGUUUUGAUAGACGUGUAACUCGUGAAAAGCGGAAUUCCCUUGUCUUUUCCGGUUUGUUCUAACAAAAUAAAGUCGGGGAGAUUCAUCAAGAUUUUGUGGCCGUCUUUAAUAAAACAAUUAUUUCACUAACAACAAUUAACAACAAUUAGUAUAUACACACUCAGUGAUCUUGGUAAUUCAAGCAAUCUGAUUGGUUAGCUAUCUCGGACUACGACGUUAUAUUCACCGCGCUAGGCGGUGAAUAUAAAGCAGAACAAAAUCGCUAUCGUGAACUGGGUGUUUUGCCAAAGUUUCAUAGUAAAGCCUUUUUGAAAAUUCACGAAUAUCCAAGUGCUGAUGAUUUUGAAGGCAAGAAAAGACUUCAUGGUGUUUAAACAGCGUGUUUUAUUGUGAAGUGGUUUACUUUAGCUGACUUUUUGUACGCUCGAAGCUAUGUUUACCACUACAGAGGAAAACGAGGUCGCUUUGUCACUGUUUUGUGAUUUCGGGAUUUUCUCGCAAGACCAAUUUUGCCUACAAAUAGAAGUUAAUUUAUGGAGAUAAGAGGAAGGCAAAUAAUUUCGAAAAUUGUACGUGCCAGCAAGUUAACAAGGCAAAGAACUUUGGAGAGAAACAACGCUCACCUUGAUCGUAGCCGCUGUUGACAGCAUUUGCAAGAAGCGAAAAAGAAAACUUUCUCAUUCACGGUGAGUUGGCAGAAGGCCUAAAUGUAAUAAACGGUCCUAAAAGUAAUUAAGUCCUAAAUGUAACAACAAUUUGCCCUAAAUGUAAUAAACCCUUAAGCUGCCAAUUACAGUAAUUACUCGAAUAAGCCCCGCCCUCAAAUAAGCGCCGUAUUUGGGGGGUGGGGGUGGGGGAGUUAAUUAGCGCCGCGGCGCUUAUUCGGGUAAAUAUGUACUAAGCGGUAUUGCUAUGGUAUUAGACUCCGCUCUCAAAUAAGCGCCGCAUUUUGGAGAAAAAGUUAAUAAGCGCCGCGACGCUAAUUCGCGUAAAUUCGGUACAUUUCCUUAAGCACUGUGAAACUUAACGUUUACAAAUAAAUUGCUUGUAAACGGCAAAGUAACAGUAUUUUUGUAAAAAAGCAACAUUUAAGCAAUAGCAAACUUUUUUCCUGUGUUUGAAUAACCUGUUAUAAACACUAGAGGGGUUGGGAGAAUUCGAGACAGUUAUGCAAACCCUCGACGUCGUCUCAGGUUUGCAUAACUGUCAAGAUCGAAUAAAGAAUAAAGUCCUAAAUGUAAUAACAUUUUGCCCUAAAUGUAAUAAACUCUUAAGAUACCAAUUACCGUAUUUAUGCGAAUAAGCAUCGCUCUGAAACAAGCGCAGCAAUUGGGAUAAAAAGUUAAUAAGCGCCGCUGCGCUUAUUCGCGCGCGCAAGGACGGUACAUUACCAGUUACCAUAUUUACACGCAUAAGGGCCACCCUCAAAUAAGCGCCACCAUUGGGAGAAAAAAGUAAAUGAGCGCCGCGGCCCUUAUUCGAGGAAAACAGUACUGAUAUAUUUCCUUAAUAUGCAACGUUGAACUUCACGUUUAUGAAUAAAUUUCUUCAAAGCGACACAUAACAGUUUCUUGUCUAUUGAGUAUACUUAUUCAUUCAUUCAUUUUAUUGGUUAAUCAAUAUUGUUUACAAUUAUGUAAAACAUAACAAGUAACAAAAAUGAGUUAUUGUAGCAUUCCACAACGGCCACCUUGGGGACAGGAAGAAAGUGGCAGCGGUGAAAUACCAGCUACAAAUACAGGCUAUGCAGCCAUUUACUAGAGCAAUCGAGGCGGCAGUAUAGCUUCUUUUCUCGUUCAGCAAAACCAGCUUGUGGCUUCAAACAACUUCAUAACAAGCGACCGAGGUAAUAGUUUUUCUCCGUUGUUCUUACUUUUAUAACUGCACCGAAAAUCCAAAUUCACAGUAAUUUCGACGGCUGUCACUUAAAAAUUCUUUUCCUUCACAUUAUCUGCCAGGUUUUUUUAGCUGUUCUGCUGUGUAAAAUCCUAGAAUCCCGAAAAGUUUUUAAAAACUAAUGUUCAUCGCUACAAUGUUUUGAUUUUUCAUUCAUGCAGUCCAGGCGAGUCCGUUCGCGCGUUGACAGUUUUGAUAGACAUGUGACAUUUUUGAUAGACGUGUGACAUCCCUUGUCUUUUCCGGUUUGUUCUAGACGGGAAGAUUCAACGAGAUUUUGUGGGCGUUUUUAAUAAAACAAUUAUUCCACUCGCGCUUGUUGGAUAUGAGAUGAGUAUAGCCAACUCGGCGCUACGCGCCUCGUUAGCUAUCUAUCAUCUCAUAUCCAUUGCGCCCUCGUGGAAUAAUUGUUAAAUAUUAUAUGUCCCGGCAAAAUUACAGUAAAAUGUAUGGGACAGCGCCCCGAUAUAACGAUCUUUGAUAUAACGAUAUUCUCGAUAUAACGAUGAGAAUUUAGCGGACCGAACGUAAAAUCUUUGUCCCGAUAUAACGAUAUUAUCAGUAAACACAGUCACAAUUUAAACAAAACAAUUAAUUUUAUACAACAACAAUACAGUAAUCGAGUAAUUUCUAAUGUUCUUGUCAACUUGAUUGGUCUAUUUGGGGUGUACAUAACCCUGAUAACAGCAAGUGUGUCAUGCGCAAUAAUGCAUUACUUGCUGGCCAGUGUCUGUUUUUGUUUUUGUUUUUGUUUUUGUUUUUUUUUUUUUUCAAAAAACAACGAACGUACGAACUCGAUAAGUAAAGUAACAGUGGCAACUGUAAAUGUUUAAAUUUAGUUUUGUUGUACUUUAAUUGUACGAUUCACACCAUAGAAUUUACUGUGUAAACUUUGAAAACUUCUUGACUAGUGCUUUGCAAACUGUUUAAGGAUACUGCUGCGUGCUUGAAUUGUUGCAUUUGUCAAAUCAUUUUAUACCCAUUACAAAUUUCAUUAAAUAAUGUAUGUAGUAACAAAGUACAUGUCACAAAUUAUAUGAUACAACCAGUUCUCUGUAGCUUUAAUUCUUCACUCCAUUGAAAGUACGUUUCUUCACAUGUUCAUAUUUUAGAAUUCUGUACGCUGUUCUACACUUGAAGAAUUCAUCAACAUCAAUUCGCGUAAAAUUUUGAUGAGCUACACUCAAUAUACACACUCGAUCAGCUCCACGACUCCGAACGACUACACAGUUCCUAGACUCUCGUGCAAAGUUCGGUUCUCAGAUCACGUGACGAGUUUUCCCGCCACAAUGACGAAAUAAUUUCCUUAAACACUCUCGCCUUGAUUGACACAGGUCAAUCAACAACGAAACGAAUGAAAUAACAAAUGAAAGCAAAACAGUUCGUUGUUCUUUGACUUAAUCUUAAUAUUCACUAAAAUGCUACUGUUCAGCAUUUCCCACAAAGGUAAUAGGAAAAUCAGUGUUUCGGUUCUCCAUUGUGUAUGACAUUUUCAUGGCACUUGAGGAUCACCAAUCUCGUAAAGUAAUGUUCUCUAAGCAGAAGCACAGGAAAUUUGGUAUCAUAGGAUAAUGAUGACAAACUUAUUCUUCCUUGACAUCUGUUCACUGUGCUGAUAAAGUGCCAGGGUCGACUUCAUUUCCUGGUACUUGUCACUGUUCAGGAUACCCUUUUGAACGAGAUUAAUCCACGUCUUCUCAGCUUGCUUGUACACUUGCAAGGAUUCUUCUUGAUCAGUUGAUUCGUCCUUUCUUCUUUUCAAUUUUUUGACAAAUACCAACACAAGUGAAGUAACUCUUAUGAGCUUCGUAAAGGAAACGGUAGGAUUCAGGAUUAAUGAUGCUCUCGAGAUUUGCUUCUUGUUUUUCGGUACACGUGUUCAAUGAGCUGGAGACUGUAGAUUUGGCUGAUUUCAGUUCGCAGAACUCUUCCUUGACUUAUACAUUUACAGGCUGGACUGGCCAGUAGGCGCUUUCCUUAGACAGGAAUUCUGGACAAUGUAACCACAAACUUCUUUCUUCGGGUGCAGUGCCUUUAAUUCCUUGUAAAAUUGCUUGUAUUCCUUGCUGCUUUUAAAGCAAAACGUAAUUUUACUACCCGUCUUAUGAACAAGGCUCGGAGGGAGUUUUACAGUAUCUUUAUAGAUGAAAAUAGCGGUGAUCAAAAGAAACUAUUCCGUGCAAGUCAGCGCUUAUUUAAGCGCACAAUGGAUGAUGGUCUCUGGAAAUGACUUUAGUUUUAGUUUAGCUAGCUUCACUUUCGAGCCCUCAUUGCUUUUGACAGUGUUAUUACCUUGAAUGAAGCUUGAUGAAGUUUGCACGUGUCUGCCAGUCAAUUCUAGCCAAAAUACGGUAAACGUUUGUACAAAACUCACCAGAAUCCUCGACUUCGUUCUUAAUGUCUCUCCCCUUAGUGUUUUCCAGAAUUGUUUCCUCCAGCUUUUGGAUAGUUUCUAGCCUUUCAUUCAGGGUGAAAUCCCAUAAGUUUUUCCCUUGAUGAAUCUUCCACGUGAUCGGCAGUCUGCUCGACUAGGAUCCUCGUUGCACCUUCCAUCGUUUUCUGCACAAAAGCUCUGUGGGCAUUUCUAAUUCUCUUUGCUUUUUUGUUGUCCAUUGUUUUCUUCUUGUACUGUAAUCCUGUUCUUGAAGAUUAAUUGAUUCCACUUGUUGUUAGCUGAUCCAGCGACUGCGAAGGACCAUGUCACAAAUUAUGUGUGACACAACCAGUUCUCUGUAGAUUUAAUUCUUCACUCCAUUCAGGUGUCCAUUGAAGGCAUAUUUAUUCACAUGUUCAUAUUUUAGAAUUCUGUACUCUGUUCUAUACUUAUAAAAGAAUUCAUCAACAUCAAUUCGCGUAAAACUUCGAUGAUCUACACUUAAUUCACACACUCGAUUAGCUCCACUACUCCGAACGACUACACAGUUCCUAGACUAUCGUGCAAACUGCAGUUCUCAGAUAACGUGACGAGUUUUCCCGCCGAAAUGACGCAAUAAUUUCCUUACAGUAAAUGUUAGGUUUACCCCGAUAUAACGAUAGUUUCGGUUAUUUUACGGCGAUAUCGUUAUAUCGGGCGUUUUGAUACAACGAUUCCUCGAUAUAACGAUAUAAUUUUACUGCUCCCUUGGCAUAUCGUUACAUAGGGGUUCCACUGUAUUUCGAAUCAUUCGUAUGAUUUUAGAGCAACUUGUACUCCACAGCUCCAGUUCAAUUACCAAUAUUUUAAUGAUGAUAAUCGAUAAAUUAUCAGUUCUUUGUAAUGAUGACAUAAAUUUUCCUUGCUUUAGUGCAAUAUGGGUCUCUUUGGGGUGAUGACUGACAUAACUUUCAAGGUGGAGCCGAUGGUCAUUGUGAAAACAGAAAACGAUUUUAGCCUCACAGUUGGAGACUUGUUCUACAACCCCGAUCGCCUUAAAAAGCUACAUGACGACAACUGGUCCGUUGAAAUCUUCUGGUUUCCAUUCAACAGUUUGAGCUGGUUUGAAUUGAUGUGUCUGGGGUUAAGCUACGCGUUCAAAGGUAGGUCUACUAAAACAAUAUGGAACUUAAGAUAGAGACGUUUUCGGGGCGACGGCUACCGGACUGGAGGAGCAAGCCUGGAACUGAGGCAGCCGUUUCUUCCCGCCAAAAUUCGAACAUUAAGAUGGCAGUGAACAUAGAAGGACAGCUCCUUAAUAGAAGACUACCGAAGAGGAAAAUAUGGCUUCACAUAAAGAAAUAAGAGAAUAAAUGCUUAUCUGCUAUGCAGACAAAAUGUUAUCGCAUGAAGAAUUUCUGGUUUUGUAGGAAAUGCUACCAAGAUCCUGCUAGUUAUAAACGUUUGAUCUCUAGAAGAGAUCUAAUCAGCCAAAAUAUUAAGAACCAAAAACGAGAAGGCCAAAGACUACUGCAAAGCUGAUCAGAACAACGUGUAUCGUUUUUUCAUAACGAUAUUUCGGCUGGCCAUACCAGCCUUCUUCAGGUUUACAGAUGUUACUGAACUUAUGAUAGGAAUCACAAUAUUAUAUAGAUGGAGAAUGUCGCAAUAAAAGUUGUUUAAAAACAAUACACGUUGUUCUGAUCAUCUAUGCAGUAGUCUUUGGACUUCUUCGCUAUUGGUUACCAAGGAACCGUUGGUGACGGAAUGGAGGGAUUAAGUAUGCAUGCUGCUGAAUUACUAUUCUAAUAAUUUUCUAUACGUUUCAUCUAUACGAUACUCUAACGAAAACAGUGAGCUAAAACCAGACACAAAUAAACUAUCGGAGUUCACAUUUUUCGUCUGGAUGCUUUUAUUUGGCUCGUAGGACAAUUUUGUCCGUGUAAAGCUCACUCACAGAUUGCUGUUUGCCAUGUUGGAUCUUGACUCUGUGACAUGAAACAUAGAAACAUUAUAAAGAUGUAAGUUUAUAUAACAGAGCUCGGAAAUCGAGCUUGAAAUGUGACUCAAAGAAAACAAGGACAAUUUAAGAACGAUAAUCUGCAAAAUUCUGGUUGCUAAACGCAACAAACCUGAUGGAAAUGAAAGUUAUAUACUCAAGUUUUCACCACAACGCCAAACAGACCAGUUUCACUUCGCAGACGAGACCACGACGGCAAGGUGAUGAGCAAGAGCAAGCGCAACAUCGCACAAAUCAUGACGUCACAUCCGUUUUAAGUUGCCUUCGCCCCGAAAACGACUCUAUCUUAAGUCCCCUAAUCCUUCUUAGCGGCAAAACUAACCGAUCUGGGCGCCUUAAGUCUUUUAGGUCUGUGUUAUAUAUGUUGCGUAACGGAAAUGUGACACAAUGGCUCUGUGAUCGUAUUAACCAUUGUUUGGCAGGUUUUCACUUUCAUGCCAUCGAAAACAAAAAUAAAAAAACCUUUCAAUCUGGGAAAUGAAAGGAGGUAAAUAGACAAGACUCUCGCCAAGAUUCAGGUCGGUGCAAUUUUUCAUAUGCUAGCUAUUCGGAGAAAUGUUUUACCUAAAUUUAUAGAGUUUGUAUGGAGACGCCAUGUUGGUUCCCUCUGAGGGGUACCAGCAUGGGGGCCGUAAACCAACAGAAACAUCUGCUAUCGAGUUUUGCUACGAAAGCGUGAAUUCAUCCCUCGAGGAGCUCAUAAACAUUAAAGUAAUACUGUUUUACUAACAUAAGGACUGUUUAGAUAGCAAAAUCCCACCAAAUAAGUCACUUUUUAAACCUGCACGACAGCUCUCUCGGCCGCUGCGUAAAUGCCGCGUCACGCAAAAGGUUAGAAAUUCAAGCGUACUCUAUCACAAAACGAAGAACCCUUUCGAAGUAAAAACUUGUAAAAAUAUCAGUUUUUAGCUGCUCUAAUAUUUCAUGAAUGUAAAAACUCUGGAGGAUUGAUAAUCCUUUAGUUUGAAUUUUGGUGACGUCGCGUGAAAACCAAGAAUAUAAAUCGCACAUUAGGAACCGAACCUGCCCCCAGAGAGCUUGCUCGAAGGCUGACGCAGACGUGUAUCUGGCUGUCGUUUCUCUGUCUAAAAAGAGGGGGUAGAAGGGACAGCCGGAAUUAAUAUGUCUGUGUUCGCAGGCUACUAGAAAAGACUCUCCACAGAGAUCAGAUCAGAUCACAGAGAUCAGAUAUAUUUUUGAGAUUGCUCAAUUUCAACUGAUUUUUUGCUUUAAGACAAUGAAAGUCUGAUCAUACAAGCCAUAAGACAUUUUCUGUUCACAUGGGACCCAUGCAAGGACAAACUGUGGAUCAGGAAGAUAAAUAUCGUAGAGAUGCCUGAGGAACCUUGCCCUAAUGAAGUGGAUUAUGCCAUCCAGGACGCAAAGGGUCUUUUGUCUACAGGAUUUGGCAGAAUUGUUUCCAAGCAUCUCACUGAGCAUGAAAUUUUGGUACCAUCCUUUCUGAAGGCAGGAUUCGAGAUGGUUGAGCGUUAUAAUUCAAGUUCCACAUUUGAACCCAUUAAUAAAGCCAUUCAUUAUCAGAGUUUCAUUGAAAUCAUGCCGGUUGUCGACGUGGAGUUUGCUUUUAACGCCACUCCAGGCACGUUUCCUGAACAGGCUAAGGCUAUGCAAGCGGUCAUCGAAACCACUAAAAAGUACUACAAAACUCUUCAAUUCCCAUUGAGUGUCGCCAUGGAAAUGAGAUGGAUGGCGUACAGCAACUGUCUAAUCUGCCCUGCUCGAGCUGUUCAAAAGAACGAACCAUCAGGUAAGAACAAAAAUUAUUAAAAAGAGGCUUUGCACAAUUCAAGCACCUAGAUCAACAAAUCGGUUGAAUGCAUGGUGUUAACUCGCCCGUUCACCAUAUUCGCCAAAAAUAUUCACAUCACUUUUUUCAUUUAGUUCCUAUGGAUACAUAACAGUCAGAGGCACCCAACGACUGUUUGCUGUAAAAUAUCUGUUCGGAGAAGCAAAUAUUGCCUAGAAUUUUCUAUUACUUAAAGAAGGCUAAAACUUUCUAGAUGACCGCUCAACUCAUAUAAAAUUUUUUCGAAGCUUUAAUAUCUUAUAAAUUCCCUACGAAAUUUCUGAAGUGCAAUUUUCACUUUUUACUUCCCAAGUUAUGUUAUUUUUCGUAGAAAAAAGGGAACCUAAAAUUUUCGAAUUCAAACAUGUGAUUUCGAGAGGAAUCAGAAAAUUCUCUCUUUCGUAAAACGUCAAAUUGCAUCUAAAAUUUUCGGGAAAAUAAUACUGAAGCCCUUGUAAUUCCGAAAAGACUCUAUUUCCCGUAGGAUGACCUCUGAGAUACAAUUUUUAUAGCGCCGCUUAGAUUGCAUUUCUAAGAGUACUCUGGAUAGCCUAAAAAGUUAAGUGUUUUCAAGGUAUUUUGGAGGAAACCAUCGUUAGGUGCGUAAGGUGCCCUUGAAUGGUUAUGUUGGACUCUUUGUGACUCGAAAUCCACUUUACCUCCAGCGAUGAAAGUCAAACACAUCAGGUAUAUUUCGUUACAAUAAAUACUGAGUACUACUGACUAGAUUACGAACAAUCUGUUAACGCGGUUUUUUUGCUCGCGGAAAAUGAUAUUCCUCCCCUGGCUUCGCGGUUUUCGCUUACUCUACAAUCUUAACAAAAUGCGCGAGUCAGACUACUCUUUAGUCUAAUUAUUUAAUACUGUACUGCAUUUACACCGACCUCUGUCUCCCUUCAAAAGAAACCCGGCAGACGCUGUAUUUAGAGGUGCUUGGCAUAGCUGGUAUUCCAGGCUGGGAAACCUUUACGCAGGAAAUUGCCACCAAAUGGAUGGAAAAGAAACCGAAAGGAAAAGCACCUGUUCCUCACUGGGCCAAACAAUGGAGUUACCUUGAGGGUAUCGACAGCUACAUCAAAGAGGUAGGAAAUCAUCGAACAGACUGAGUUGUUUCGAGAAGAAAGCCGCCGCUCGGUUUCUUUGCAAACCCUCAUUUCUUCUCCUUGUAAUUUUGUAAGGACUUAAACGAGUUGCCUUUAUUUCUAUCCUUUAAUCGUCAGGCGUACGGCGAAGACCUGACGAAAUUCCAAACCCAAGUACCCGCGGAAGCUAGGCAGCUCUUCUCCAAUGAAACCCUCGACAGGGUCAUCUUUCAAGACAAGGUAUUUAGUCCAUAAGCCAAUUCUCAAAAGGGGUCUAAAAAUGGAUUUUCGUAGCACUCCCCUUGAUACCUAAUGAAACUGGUAUCAAAUUAAAGUUGAAGGUCUAAAUUUUCUAAAUCUACUUGUUACCAGGACGGUAACUGGUGCAUAAGGGAGAUAGAGUAAGGUUUUUAAGGGAGGAGGGUGGGGAUACUUUUUCCUUCGGGAUACUGGCAAGUCACGAAAGGCCACCUAAGCCAAAUUAUUUCUUUUCUUCAUGAUUCUUUUUUGUUUAGGUCUAGCUUUUUCAUAAGGUUUUAGUAGCGUCUGGUUGCUGGCCAUGAUUUCCCAUAGAUUUUUCUAUUCGGAGUUCCUGGGAGUUCGCCAGUUUUUGCCGAGCACAGCUAGAGUUCAGUUUUUUUUCUUUUCUUAUCGAAAACACCUUGACGAUGGUAGGUUAAAUCGCGUAAAUUUCAACUCGUACGCUUGACGAUUGGCGUUGAAAUCGCGAAAAUAUUGUCCUCGUCGAUCGACGACUCGCUUUUGGCAUGGAUUGGACUUCUGGAUGGGACACGGAUCAGGACAUGAGUAAACUUAUUAUACCUUGGAAUCAGGGAUAAUCAUUGGAACUAUGUUAACUUUGAGACCUUGGAAACACAUUGCAAUUAAUUUUUAACCGUGUCAAGAGCAUCUUGGAAUAUUAAACUUUCAUCUUGUAUUAAAACAUUGGAACUUUGCCGAACUUUGUAACCCUGGGUUCGACCCUGGAUAAAGCAAGCGGAUGUUUUAUUUUGUUUUGUUCCAUUAACCUAGAUAGAACGCCAUUAUGCUUCCAUAGACCAACGCAUCCCACGGAAACGACUUUGGGCGUCUUGUUGCCUUACCACCCGGGCCAAACGUAACAUUAUGAAACCCAUUGACGGCCUCGCAACUUCUUGAAGUUGUAACUUCAAAAAACGAUGCCUCGUUGACCUUCUGCACAGUAAACUUAUACUGCAAAUAUGCUUUUAAAAUUCUUAUGUUAAAAGUCUAGAAUAAACAGUGAAAAAUAUUUUCGAAUAAAAUUCUUUAGCUGCGUAUCGAAAGUGUCCAAAACAUGAACCUGACAUCUUCGCAAAAAGUGAUGCUUGUAAUGAAUGUGAGAAGCAUUUAAAAGCUUAAAUUAGUUAAACUUAGAUGUAGUAGUCACGACCGUGUUUUGAGCUAAUUUUAUGAAUGAACAAACUCAAAGUAAUAGACAGAGAAGCCGUUUCUUGAAAAUUUUUAUUCAAAGUCCAAAAAGUUAAUCCUUUAAAGCAAUUCGGAAAACGCUAUCUGGAUCGUGGAUCCGUUCACGCAAGUGACAUCGGCUAAGCACAUGGCAAAAUUCAACACAAAAUCCAUCUCAAAUCAGGGCACAUUUUGUAAUUUUUCUUUAGCGCCAAAGAGAAAAAUUUAUAAAACGCCUAUGGAACAUUUAAAAAUACAUAAAUUCCCUUUCAAAAACGUAAUUGUCUUGGCCAUAGAGUGCAAAAUGUACCUGAGAAUUUAGCAAAAACUUCGCUGACUUGGUUGCAUUUCAAAACAGACCAUGGGCUCCGCCGUGAAGAAAACGAGGUUGAAUUCCUCGAAGGACGAUUUCUUGAUGAAAAGCUUCCCUUUCUCCACAAAAAGAAAGCUGAGCAUUCUUUUGAACUUUCUCUUUCCAUUUUUUGUCUUUUAACGGUGUAUUUUUAACCUUGAAAUGCAGAACUCUUGUAUUAAAACAUCUGCAUGGUGAUCGCGCAGCAGCCAUUUUGUUGAAAAUGGAUAUCCGUCACGAAGAUUUCCAAAUAUGGUCAAAAUGAAUAUUCACAAGCAUUGAACGCGAGUUACACGUUUCAACCCCUUAUGGGUUUCUGGUUCCAGAGUAUGACGAGUCCUCCCUGGUUUGCGCGCGCCAGUAGGCUGUGACGCUGUGACGCUGUGAGGACGUUUGAAAUCAGGGCGGAUAAAGGUUGGGCGGUGAAACGAGCGCGUCCGAGCAAAAAGGCGUGAUGCAGUGGACUGGGACUCUGUUUAGAAAUGUCGCCUGUUUUCGACUUCGGUCAGGGCUUGCAAUGUGGUUUGUCCAUUAGACACUGCCGCUGUCACUGAAUUAUGACAGCUUGAGUUGUUUUCUUGCACUUCUUCCACGUUCCUUUGUGUUGGUACGCUGUCUCCAAGAGGCAAAUGUUGCUAAUUUUUUGCGGGAGGCUUAGUUGGAGUAACGGAACAUCUCUUUCAAAUGGUUUCUCUGGCUACUUCCAUGACUCUACCACUGAAUUAUAUUUUUGUCAUAUUACGCAAAUGUUGAUGUUAUUCCAAAACAAAAACAACUAAAUACUGUCUAAAACACGAAGGAAAAUCUCAUCCAUGUCAUCCAUGGCAAAACUAAAAGACAGCAGAUGGUUUUUCAUAACUAGAUGACGCAGGUAUUUUAUAAAUGCGUGCAGCUCGUGCAAGGUGUAAUUAUGCUAAUUUCAAUCACCGUCAUACUUCUUUUUAAUUUUGAAAAAAACAUCUCAUACGUCUUUCUGUUUCUUCGGAACUUCAAAAUUAGUUUCCCCUCAGUGUUUACUGCUUACUCUGUUUUGUUUUAGAGAGAAAAAUGGAGAAAAGACCUUACAAUUAACCUCAAUAAAUUUUGUUUACAUGAGGUUGCCGGAUUUGCGACGCGUUCCGCGAAUCGCCAUGGCGCGUUGCUGCCGAGAAGCAAUAGGGAACUUAAGAUAGAGACGUUUUCGGGGCGACGGCAACUUCAACCGGAAGUGACAUCAUCAUUUUUUGGAUAUUGCGCAUGCUCGUGCUCACCACCUUGCCGUCGUGGUCCCGUCGGCGACGUGAAACUGGUCUGUUUGGCGUUGUGGCGAAAACGUGAGUAUUUAACUUUCAUUUCGAUCAGGUUGUUGCGUUUAGCAACCAACAUUUUGCAGUUUAUCGUUCUUAAACUGUCCUUGUUUUCUUUGAAGCACAUUUCAAGCUCGAUUUCCAAGCUCUGUUAUCUAAACUUACAUCUUUGAAUGUUUCUAUGUUUUCAUGUCACAGGGUCAAGAUCCAACUUGGCAAACAGCCAACUGUAAGUGAGCUUGACAUUGACAAAAUUUUCCUACGAGCCAAAUAAAAGUAUCCAGACAAAAUAUAUGAACUCCGAUAUUUCAAUUGUGUGUUUUUAGUUCGCUCUUUUCGUUAGAAUAUCGUAUAAAUGAAACGCAUUGAAAAUUAUAUAGAAUAGUAGGUAAUACCAUGUACUAACUUGGCGUGGGAAUACUGAAAUAAAGUUGCUGCCGUUGUUGUUGUUGUUGCAUGCAAGUAUUUCCCGGGAAUUAUUUCAAUACCAAACUAAGAAUACGGUUCCUUGGUAGCAUUUUAAUGUUCCUGUAAUUUGCAAGGCUUCGGCAAGCCUGUGGAGAUCUUUUUUUUUUGUCAACACGAAAUUCUGCCUUGAACUCAGCUGCAUCCCGCAUGUUUUUUAGCGUGAACGGGUCGUAACUGUCCCGAGGAAAAUCGGGAUUUUUGGACUCAUAAUUUUCCCACAAAACGAGAACCUCUUCACCCGAUACAUGUUGUCUGCAUAGCAAAUAUUUAUUCUCUUAAUUCUUUAUGUGAAGCCAUAUUUUCCUCCUCGGUAUUCUUCUAAUUAAAGGCGCCGUCCUUCUGAGUUCACUGCGAUCUUAAUGUUCUAUAUUUGACGGGAAGCGACGGCUGCCUUAGUUCCAGGCUUUCUCUGCCAGUCCGGUCGCCGUCGCCCCGAAAACGUCUCCAUCUUAAGUUCCCUAAUGUUUGAAGUAAUACAACGCCACUAUACCAAAAUAUAUCAAGCUAAUUUUUUGUUAUGUUAUGUAAAAUUUAUCCUCCUUUAACAUAUGUAAAAAUUAAGAAGUAUGGACGCCCGUUCUGGUCAAAAUCAUGACAAUAUAAUUGCACUACAAGUCAAUUUUAAUCCCACCGAAGCAAAUAUUAUGGACCUGUCGCAUGAUAUUUUGUCAUCAAUAAACAAUACCUUUUUCAGCAUGUUACUAAUUAUUUUUAGCAACACGAGUUAUUUUGUUUUAAUUAUACGAAUACUUUUUUCAUUCAUACCAUGAAUUAUUUUUCAGUGGUACUUCGAAUUAUUUUUCUAAUGUGUAUCGAGAAAAAAGUAUUGUUUAGUGAUGACAAAAAUACACAACAUGUCCAUAAUAUUUGCUGCAGUUGCAUUAAAAUUGACUUGCGGUGCAAUUUUAUUGCCAUGAUUUUGACCAGAACGGGCCUCCAUAAAGAAGUGUUAAGCUUUUGCAAACGAAACGGCGAAAGACGAUUAGGUCAUAUUUAGCGGAAGGAGGAGGCACUCAACACUCUCAAAUUGAACUCAAAUUUUGGCAUUAAACGACCAACAAGUUUGACUUUUAGGCAUACAGACAUUAACAUAUGAAACUGUUUAUUAAUAUUGUUAUGAAACAAAUUUAUCUAUUUAAUAUUGUAGCCUGAAAUUACAGAAAGAAAAUAGGACUUCCGGUUUUCAAAAAGGAAAAUUUCACCGGCCUUCAAGCGUACCGGAAGCUCGGAAAGAGCGCUCGUGCCAGUCCUACUCUACAUCACACAUUGAAUGAAGAGCGGAGCGCUCGUUUCACCGCCCAACCUUUAUCCGCCCUGUUUGAAAUGGUCAAAGAUAGCCAGUUCAUGAGCGAAAGUGUCUAUGUUCAUGGACAGAACCUUCUCCUAAGUGUCCUCUUCGUUAUUUGUCUUUUAUCUAUUUGCUGACGAUACUAGUAUAAUACUUGCAAAUGACAACCUAAAGGAACUCGAAACACUUGUUAAUCGCGAGCUUGGCAACGUCAACGAAUGGCUAAAGGCCAACAAACUGUCCUUGAACAUAAAAAAAUCAAAUUUUGUAAUCUUUCGUCCCCGGCAAAAGAAUAUGCCCUUCAUACCUAGGAUUAGAAUUUUUGACUCCGUGACUAACACCUACGCAAACCUUGAAAUGAAAGAUUAUGUAAAAUAUCUUGGCUUAAUGAUUGAUUCAAAUCUUUCAUGGAAAUACCCCAUCGAAUCUAUCUGUCACAAAAUCAGCAAGUCGAUAGGAAUUAUAGCUAAGAUUCGACAUUAUGUCCCGCGUCGUGUUUUACUUUCAGUUUACAACUCAUUAAUUGUCCCUUACUUGACUUAUGGUAUUUGUGGUUGGGGAAAUUGUGCCUUGACAUUUCAAAGAAAGAUCGUAACUCUACAAAAACGAGCCUCACGUCUCAUUUACUUCAGUAAGUCUAAGGAACACGCCGUACCCUUCUUUCUCAAAUCAAAUUGCCUUCCCCUGCCUAGCAUAUUUUUCAGAGAUUGUAGCUAUUUAUUGUAUGAUAUCAACAGACAGACUCAAUCAGUUCGUUAAAACAAGUCAGAUUCAUAACUACAGAACAAGAUCUGUCUCUAGCGACUCGUUUUAUGUUAAGUUCUCUAGACCCGAUAAAAUGUAUGCCUUUUUCACGAGAAUCGGUGCCCAAAUUUGGAACUCUAUUCCGUAUUCGAUUAAAAUACUUAAACGUUCGUCCUUUCGUAAAAAAAUAAAGGAAUUAUUACUAAAUUUUUUGCGGUCAGAAGAUGAUUAUGUCGAAGUCUCCCGUCUUAUUAAGUUAUUUAAUACUUUAGGUUAGCCUCUCUUCGUAAUCGUUAUGUACAUGCCUUGUUUUAUGUUAGUUUAAAUUCUAUUUACUGUAUUGUAGUGUCUUCACUGUUAUUUAGUCCAUCUAUAUAUAAAUCUUGUUUUGUAAUAUGUCUUCAGCUCCCCCGCCUCGAUUAGUUCAUAAGCUAUUUGCGGGUGGGAAAGUAAUGUAAUUAGUUAUUUUCCAAUUUUCAAUAAAAUUUGUUGUUUGUUGUUUGUUGUUUGUUGUUUUGUUUUUGUUUGAGCAGAGCAUAACCAAGUUGGAAAAAGUAAUUUGCAGAUAAUCGGUGCAAGCUGGUCAGUAAUACAAAAAUGCAAGUACAAGAAGAAAACACAAAAAUAAUUGACUUUUUCGAGAUAAUUGGGUUGUAAACAUAAAAGAAAAGAACUAACAAAAUAGUGGGAAUGGGAUUUAUCUGCCGUUUCUAUAGCAACGAGUGCAAAGGCUGGGCAAAUAGACAUUAACAGUGUGAAAUAUGCCAAAAUGAUAACUUGAAGUAUAUUUUAAAAGGAUUUUAUUAACGUUAGGCGAGUAUUUCGUGAUUCCUAUUAGAGUUUUUACAUCACUUUUAUUUACAAAGCAAAAUAUAUCCCCACACUCCUCCCGUAAAAACCUUACUCUAUCUCCCUUAUGCACCAGUUACCGGCCUGGUAACAAGUGAAUUUAGAAAGUUGAGACCUUCAGCUUUAAUUUGAUACCAGUUUCACUAGGUUUCAAGGGGGAGCUACGAAAAUCCUUUUUGGGGUCUUGACUCAUUGUCGACUAAUUGUUUAGUGUAAUAUCACCUUAGUAUUAUCUUGAGUCAUCAGAAUCACCUUCGCCAUCACUGAAAAAAACAACAGCAGAGCUACGAUGCCAUUCUUCACACCAGCAGUUUCACCAGCCUCGGGGCCAUCACUAGAAAAACAGUAACUAGUAGUUUCCAGUGGAAAGUGAAGUGCUGCGAGUAAAACAUUUCGAUUGUUGUUGAUAUUUGACAUUACCCAUGUCAAAUAACUGUGCAGGUAAUGCUACACGACACGAAGGCGAUCGAUAAAAAAAGGACUUUGACCCAAAAUAAGGGUUAAAAUCAAGCUACAUUGCAUAAAAGUCCGUGAGAAUAAAUCAGCGUAUUAUUUGUCUGAAACCUGUCCACGAUAAAGUUAAGAGCACGCGGGCGUUGGAGUGAGUGAAAGGGUGAAUUUCGAAUGGAGUUCAAUAUUAAACUGGUUCAUAAAGCUUCGCAAGCGUAUCAAAUCAUUUUCAAUUUUUGCUUCCGUCGUGUAUAAAACGUUUUACUACCAGGGGAAAACAAACCUUGCCACACUUUCUAGAAAAACUCUUAAUAACUAAAGCAAUUUAUCAAUUAAGGUAAUUCCCUUGAAAUUGUUCUACUAUCAAACUUUUUUUGAAACUUGGCAUAAUGAACAUUCAUGAUAUGAACAUUAAAAAGAUGCAAUAAAAAGAUGGGGUCAUCGUGCUUGUUUACGCGUCAGCAAGCUCUUAAAGUGGGGUAUUUUUACUGGUUGCGCGUUAAAAAUUCGAAUCAAGUUCUUACAGAAUUAAGUCUUAAUUACUAUCAAACAUUUUCCUUUUUCAAAUAUGUUCUUUAUUAGACUGUUCUUAGCAAAUACCUAGGAAAAAAAUCGGGGGUUACCGUGCUUGUUUCCUCACAAACUGCUGUGAAAGGUGGACAUGGUCAGGAUGGAUAAUUUGCGCGGUGGGGACUGGGGCGAGAUACAAAAUAAUGCCCAUCGUGUUUGAAGUAUGCACUCGAGAUCAAGCUUGUUUUCGGUUGUUUUUCUGUGUUUGAUAUCGCCAACACAGACAUUCAAACUUGAAAAGAGUACAUUAAAUACCAAGGAAUGAGGUAAGUCAAGAUUUGAUGAGAUUUUGGAGUUAUGAAUCUUCAUUUUGGACUAUGUUGUAGCGCCGGCGAUCUGUUUAAUUCCAGUGAGCCAGGCUUCGAUUUUUUUGCCUUUGCACACUAAUGCUUGACAAAGAAACUUGAAGAAAGGACUAUUGAUUCCUAUUCUUCACAUGUUCGCUUGUUUGGUUUCUAUACAUAGCAAUAUGUAAAUUCAGCAGCAAACUUCGUGUUUACAUCAAAGACUGGUCUCCCUCUCGUGGUUGUGGUGCUAUGGUGGGUCUUAUUUGUUCCAGAAAUAUAAGUCUCUCCACUCUCUGAGUUUGAGAAACAUAUUUACAGUAGCGAUCCCGGGCCAGAAACUGGCUCGUUAAUGCAGUUGGAGAGCCGUACAGCUGUCCCACAGGCUUCACAGGCCCCAUAAUGCAAAGCCUCAGCCAGGACAUUUUAACAAUUCCACAACUCGACGGCCGCGAAGUGAAAAACCACUGCAGAGUUCGGGAUCACACACAUUUCUUUCAUUUUCUUGUUUUUGAUAGCAGACCAGGAAGCUGUCAGCCUAUCUGCGGCAUUAUUAUUGCGAAUAAAAGCUGUAGCUCUGCAUUAGCGGCCCUUAUUUGUUCUUUUCGCGCUUGUGGGAAGAACCGCUGCCAUCUUGGAUGUCACAAUGUUAUGCGCAGUAGAGGGUGCGCAGUGCAAAACAAGGGGAUUACCUUAAAUAAAUACAACAAAGCGUGGAUGAAUACAAAUUUAGCUAAACGACUUUAUAGAGUUCCAGGAAUUGCUUGAAAUAUUCGAGAAACGUAUCGAUUCAAUUUACGGGAAUUUGUGCCUUCACUUGCAUUCAUACUCUUCGCUUGCAAAAAGGUGGCUUUCUAUAAGAAACAGGAUUUCUCCCGGGCUUAAAGUUUUCCACACAGCACUUUAUUUGUGUUCCGAGUGUGCGAACGAAAGAGCCUCGAUUUCGAAGGCCGUACUUGAAAUCGAGGCAAAUGCGGUGAUAUGACAAACAUACAUGCCAUACAUCCAAAAAUCUUUAAUGAAGCUGGCUUCGGGCACAGGCAACCCAGGCUGGUCUGGCUUCGCAGCAAUAACGUAGUAUGAUAUAAAGUUUAUUACUGAUUAAAAGCUGAAUCAGUAAAGACCAUUUACGAGACCCAGUAGUUUUUUAAUAGGCUACGGUGAGUGAGCCAUCGAUUGCGAGUAGAAACAACAGAGACUGUUUAGUGUUAACAAUCACACAAAAAUCUUACAAACCGUUUCCUCUUGUACCUACUCAGAAGAAAGAAAAGAAAACCAUUAAAGAAUCAAACUUCUCGCCCACCCACACGGUCCUCUUAAAACCUCCGAAUUCUGAGAUGACGUCAGAAAUGCAGGAAGUAUUGAAUGAAUUAAAGAAACACGAGGAGAGCUGGAAGACGUUUUUCAUCACACUGGGAGAGCAAGUAUGGAAUGUACCCUGGAAAGUUCCUAAAAUGGACAUCCAAAAAGAAUGGGAGUUUGCACGCGGACUGCUGGAUGAGGUACUUCAUUUUCGUCCGAAUAAAAUACAUCUGAUAGGCCAUUUGCACGAUGACAUCAUUUACUACUGCGACCAGAAUCCUUAAGGGUUUUCCUUUCCUGUGCAAAUUACGGCAUUUAAAUCUCUCCAGGAUUACCAAAUUUAAAUAUGAAAAGAAAAGCGAAAAGGAUUCUGGUCGUAGUAGUAAAAUGACGCCAUCGUGCAAAUGGCCUUUUAUAAGCUUCCCUCUAGUUUCAAUCAUAAGUCCCCCUCUGAAUUUUAUUUAUUACUAAUAGUUUCCAGUGGAAAAUGAAGUGCUGCGAGUAAAGCAUGACAUUUCAAAGAAUUUGCAUCAGUUGCAGUUUAUUUCGAUUGUUGAUAUUUGACGUUAACCGUUACAAAUAAUGCACCAGUCAAUAUAGGUAUGUACCGCCUCAAAGGGUAUGGUUUUUAGCCACUUUUAGUCUGAAAAUGAGUAGAAACUUUGCCCAUUUUGGUCUGCAAUCGGGUAUGGUUUUCGAGGGAACUACGGGAGUGUAUGAACGUAUUUAUCGUUUCAAUGGACCUUUUUACCGAUAAGCCUUUCCCGAUUGCGGUCGGCAACUUUUGAGUAACUUUUGGCGUUUUCCGCCACCCCGGAGUUAGCAUUGCACUGCUGAUGAUAGUGUAUAUAUACUUGUAGCUGCUACGUUAUUGUUAUUUACUAGGGUAUCUAAAAGAUAGUAGUGCUGAGGGCACAUUCUGUUGAUACUGACAUUAGUUAGGCCGUGAGACUUAAAAGAAUCGAAAAUGACAUUGAAUGUCCUAUUUACAUGUUGGAAAGUACUAGAAUAAUUACUAUCAGUCUAUAGAAAGAACUCGUGGGAACUUUGUUUAGAAAAUGAUCAAGCGGUUAUCAACUCUGGUUUUCCCACAGUAAAUUGUAGGAAAUGAUAGAAAUUCAGAUUGUUUAUCCAUAUAUUUAAUAUACGGUGUGCUAUCUUUUCUCUGGAAACACGAUACUUUUCUUGCUGUUUAUUGCACUUUAUUAAGUAACAGUUAAUUAGCUAUAUAUUUAUAGAAAACAACAACACAAAAAACGGGGAAAAAAAGAACCCUGCACCAUCGGCUCGACGCGACUACACCUAACCACUACACCACAAAGACUGAUUACGUAAUUUUGGGAAAAGUCUUUCAUUUAAUGCCUUUUCCAUGAAACUUCCGCCGGCAAGAUGAUCGCCAGCCGCAUUAACCGAGCUAUCAACAGUAAAAAAACAAUGUAAACGCAUAUUCCAUGGCAAUAAAUGAACGAAAGAACAUAAUUAUGCUUUUCAAAACGCGGAUACACGUUCUCGUCUGCAACGUAGGACACAAAACAUAUGAUUUGUUAUCUCGAUUUCCGCUGUUAUUUUGUUGAAGCGAAUGGUCAAAAUCACAUCCAUUUUCGGCUCAUACAGGUUCUUAAGAAUAGCAUGGCUACUGAUCAGUUAUCAGGGAGAACACUGACUGUCUCAUACACCUUUGACCGCGAGUAACACUUUAGUUCAAGUUAGAGCCCUGGAGCUCGUUUCUCGCAAGUCCCGGUAACUUUUCGGGCCCGAAAUCAAAUAUUCAGAUCGAAAUAAAAAGAAUAAGAGCGCAGGUUCUGGCUAGCAAACUACUCCAUUUUUUUUUCAUUAACUAAUAGUUUUAUCAUGUUAGAUGCAAAACUGUGGAAACCUCCAUCUUGCAUGUAAACAACGAGCCCGUUAAUUAUCGCGACUUUCGAGAAACGGGCCCCUGGCCCUGUUCCUGGAAAACAGAUUAGUGCUAAUCCAGGAUUAAAUAUCGCUAAUCGCGUAAUAAAUUUUAACCCAUGAUUAGACUCUAUUCCUGAAAGCACGAUUUAUAAUCCUAAUCUAAAAACUCUUCGGGCCUUUCGGAACCCGAAGUAUUUAAUACUAUAGUCAACCGCGGAAAAGUGUGUGACGGUUGAGUCCAAGUUAAAAAAUUAAUAAAAAACAGCUAUUUCUUGAAUUGCACGGUGAAGCUACGAGAAGUUUUUGUCAGUAGCGAUAAUUACAUUCAAUAACAAUUUUUGUGCCUCCAGGAAACUGUGAGUGGUGAACUGAACAACGUAGAAUUUUUGCAACUAUGUUUCAUAUAUAUAGUUUAGCCAGGCCAUCACCUCGAGCUGGAGAUGACUCUCAUCCAAUUACUGGUAUCUCAUGAUCAGUGAGAUAGACAUACCUCCUUUUCAAAAUGUUUGGAAAGGAAGAAAAAAGCUAAAAUGUUACUGGGACUACCUCACGUAGCACCUCCAGUUUUAACGAGUGUCGUGUCCUCGGAACCUAUAAACCGACCAAACUUCGCAAUUUAAACACUUUAUUUUUUUUCUAAUAAGUAACUGGAACAGCUUACCUUGGUUUGGAUUUUUAUGCCAAUUUUUUAGAAAGCUUAAUCAUAUUGAAAGUGAAGAAUGAUCAAUAAUCAUAAAAAAAAUUAGUAUUCGUGUAAUCAGAAGUAGUGUAGAGGUAUAUUGCAUUAAGCUUGCAAGUACCGUUUUGACUGUUUCAUUGGAUUUACAAAUUUACAUUAAAUCGAGGUGUUUAAAAGUCGUAGAAACAUGUCUUUACAUUUACUUCUUUUUGUUAUAAUACUUUUUGCUAUUUACCGAUUAGUAAUCCUAUAAAAACCAGAUUAGCAGAGUUUUUUCUCAAGCAAAUAAAACUUUGUUGUUCUGUAGACAGUUCGUAGCUUAUUUAAUAUUCUUUUCUCACUUCAGUUAUAAUUAAUUAGCUCAUCGCAGGAAUUUUGUAUAAUCCGUGCUCUUUCCCUCGGGAUCGAGCUUGCUAGUGAGGGUUAUUAUGCUUUAAGUACUGUAAGUAUUUCCAAAAUUCUGUUUAUUAAGUCAAAAGUUCAAAGACUUUUGCCUCAAAAAGUUUUAGCUUUUAGCGCUUUAUUAACUAGAUGAUUUUGCUGACUAUUCUUGAAAUUAUUGCGUUUUACAUGGUAAAAUGGCUAUUAAACCGGCAAAUCAAGAACCCACUACCCUUGCCAUGGUAGCCGCCAUUUUAGAUUUUACCCAUAAUGCAAUUCGGACGCUACUUUUGAGUUUUCUACGCUCUACUUUGGUUAAAUUCAGAACAAAUAAUAUUUUGGCGAUAAAAAAACUUCUCAUUUCUCUCUUAAUAAAUUAAACUUCAAAAGAUAUAGUACAUUUUAAGUGCACGUUUAGUAUCCUCAAAGGUCAUUUCCGGCACUUUUACAUGAAAAAAAUAUCUUGAAAGCUACUCCUACAGAAAGGUUAUCAUACAAAUUUUCAAUCUCCACCUUAUGUGCUAUCAAUUCGCAGCAACCAUGCUUUGUCCCUCGAAUUGGUACCAAAAUCAGGAUUGGCCCAUGGACUAUAAGUGCACAAUUUUUUCACCAUAUGGCUUGACUAUAAAACCCGUUACGAUGAUAUAUAUAAGCCCGGGGCAUAUAUACCGGACGUUUACGGCAUGCUUGCAGAUCGAGGAAGGUGUUAUCCACAGAGGACUAUUCUUGCUAUCAUUUUUAGUCCGCUAUUUCGUCUUCGCAUGACCUCGAACUCUUUAGCAUUUUCGUUAGUUCUGCACUCGCGCCAAAAAAGCGAGCUGAUUAUAUAACAAUUAUUCACCGAAGUGGAGGUGGCUAGUCGUGGAUAUAUUUACCGAACUGCGAAGCAGUGAGGUAAAUAUCCACGACUAGCCACCGACACUGAGGUGAAUAAUUGUUUUAGUAUAUACUAAAACAGUGAGAUAAUUGAACACAAAAAUGAUGAUUUUUAACUCAAAUACUGUUGCCAGCGAUUACAAUUUUGGCGCGUUAUGACCGAGCGGUCGCGGCUGUCGCUUUUUCUUGCCGACAAUUAAAACUUUUGAAGGCAUUUGUUUAGCUCUUGCGGGAAAAUUUCUUCAAAUGGAGUUGUGAAUUCUUUUUGUAUUUAAAAUCAUUCUAUAAAAAAAGAUUAUUAAAUUUAGUUUUAAGCUUAUUUAUGAACAAGUCAACUAAAUAAAGUAACGCAAGACUUAAACUUAGUUUGCAUUUGUAAACAAAAAACUUUUUCACCGGUUUUAUCGAUAAAUUCGUGUCAAAAAGACAGUUAAAACUUCCAAUCCGAACUUCGUCACCUUCGUGUAUUUCGGAAACAGCUUGCUUGAUUAGUUGUGAAAUUUCUUUGUUUGUUUACGGCAGCAAACCGGGAAGACAUUUUGCUCGCAACUUACGCGAGUUUGGCGUCGCUCGCUCGGAGGAACUGGAGCUGAAUCAGUGAAUAGUACAGGAUAUUCACUGAUUGAGUAGCCAAUCAGAGCGCGCGAAAAACACUUUCCACUGUUUUAGUAUAUACUAAAAAGAAUUAGCCGGGGGAUUAAGACCAAAGAGGAAAAAGAAUAAAUACUUUCAAUGAAUGAAUAAUCAUAAUCAUAAUCAUAAUACACAAACAGUCUUUUUGUUUCUGUUUGCAGCUGAAUAAAAAGUUUGUACCGGGCAAGAACAUAUCUGUGGACCAAACGUUGUAUAAGAAGUUUUUCAUGUAGGGUAAGUCAGACAGAACCGAUUGCUGGUGAUUGAGUCUGGCAGACUGGAGUGAGAUGUGGUACAGAGUUAACGAGCGGAUCUUGGACAUUUGUAACUUUCCUAAAGUGGCAGCAUCCCUUUUUCGUGGGAACUACGCUAGACUGCUGAUUAAGAAAGAAUGCUCGCUGACGAACAAAAUGUCAAAUAUAUCUUCAUUCAAAUUUGCAUUUCCGCAGCUCACGUCAUCUCCAUUCCAUGUUUUAUUCCAUUCACGGGUGCAGAUGAACUCAACAAAUUGGUCUGCUUGCGAUGUACGGGUCUUCAUAGAUCAGUUGGUAGAGCACUGCAGCGCUAACGUAGGGGUCAUGGGUUCGAAUCCCGUUGAAGUCCAGACUUUUGGAGGGAGGGUUAAUUUGCCAUUGCUUAAGGUGACUCGACCCAGUUUUUUGGGGAGGGUACCAUCCUACUUUGAAGCUCUCUGGUAUCCCCACCUUUACUUUUAUCGUAAGUCUAACACAUAGAAUGGAUAACAUAUAGAUCAGUCUACAAUAUAACAUAAAAUUUUUGGCGAUCGGAGUAAAUGUCACGUGGUUAUAAUGCCACGCCCCUUUGAGGUCUGAGUCGAAAAUCUGCUGUUGCCGGCAUUUUUUCGUGAAAAUCUCUCGGCUACACAUAGUGCGCAUUAGUGCCUUGCGCUGAACAGAGUUUCACCAAAAUCGCAAAGACCCAAUUCGAGAACUUCAGCGGUUUCCAAAUUUAGGUCAUUAUUUAUGCGAAAAUGACCUAAAUUUGGAAACCGCUGAAUUUCUCGAAUUGGGUCUUUGCGAUUUUGGUGAAACUCUGUUCAGCGCAAGGCACUAAUGCGCACUAUGUGUAGCCGAGAGAUUUUCACGAAAAAAUGCCGGCAACAGCAGAUUUUCGACUCAGACCUCAAAGGGGCGUGGCAUUAUAACCACGUGACAUUUACUCCGAUCGCCAAAAAUUUUAUGUUAUAUUGUAGACUGAUCUAUAUGUUAUCCAUUCUAUGUGUUAGACUUACGAUAAAAGUAAAGGUGGGGAUACCAGACAGCUUCAAAGUAGGAUGGUACCCUCCCAAAAAAACUGGGUCGAGUCACCUUAAGGUGGCUCGACCCAGUAUUUUUAUAGGCAUACCUUUCAGCUUUGGACGUCAUACGUAGACAGCUUGGUCAUGGAUUACACGAAGACUGAACUUUAUUAAUAUAUUUCGCGAUCAAAAUGAAUAUCACGUGACAAUGACGUCACAAUGGUUUUUGCUCUUAAUCGAAUUGCAGCCCGUAUUCGCAUUUUCUCCAGAAAUGCUCUACGCUACGUAAACUUUGGGUGCUUGCCUUCUGAGGUGCAAAGUUUAACAAAAAUCUAUAAGAGGAAUUUCGAGAUAUAGUGAAAUUUCUACAUGAAGGCUAUAAUUUAUGCGUAUUCUGAAUACUGGACUUUAUGCAAGCAAAUUUGCUGCUUGCUGGAUGUUUCUGGAAAGUUUUUGUCACUCAAUCUUUCAAUUAAUGUCCCUUGUACAUUCUCCAAACCGCUAGAGGCAGGUAGACUUACGCGAUUUCGAACGACAGGAAAGCAUAUGCGUCAGGGUGAAACACAAUGCUGAGCGCUUAUUGUAAUUUGCAAGUCUACUUUCACAAAAACAACGAUAAAAUUAAAAUUCGUCGAUAGAGUUCUUUUGAAAGUUUUCAGAGGUGCAAUUGAUUAGUAUUCUUUACAAUCCCUGAAUUUUAUGACCGUUGAAAACUUAUAAAGUUGUCCAAUGUUCUCUUAAAAUUUGGUACAUAUUGAAACCUUGUCAGAGAGUCGCCAACAUGCUAAGAACUAGAGAAUCGAAAAAGAAAAGAAGCCGCUGUCCAGAAGAAAAAGCCGAAGCGAAAAGUCCUUUAGUUCUAGAAUAUUACCAUAUUUCGGAAGAUUUCAGAGGGCCACAAAAUGCGGUAGAUUCACACGUGCUGCAUGGGAAUUCCAUUCCAUGUUGCGCUAAGUUCGAGACAAGAGGAAAUCUAAGAGAAAUAUUAUCCAAAACUCUGACAAGGCUUCAAUAUUUACUCAGUUUUAAGCGAACAUUGCUUUUUAAAUUUUCAAUUGUGAUGGAACAAAUUAAUGGAAUGUUUUUAUUGAUCAAUAACAUCAAAAUGAUAGGAAUGCUAUUGACCUUUUAAUUUUUAAUAACUGCGGGAGAACCAUGAAUAAGCACGUAUUAUACUAUAGAGGCAGUAAACUUGACAACGUUAGCAAUUACAAAUAUCUUGGCCUACAAUUUAGUACUUAUGAGACCUUCACGUACGCUAAACAGGAAAUAAAGAAGGUUGCCCUUAAAGCUUUGUACAAACUCAGGAAGGAAAUGGGCGACCAUUUCAGAGACGAUGUACAGCUCACAAUGAAAAUUUUUGACACGGUUAUUUCCCCAAUACUCACCCACGGAAGCAAGGUCUGGGGGGUCGAUCACGACGGAAAGCUAGAAAAUGAUCCAAUUGAGUUUGUUCAAACAAAGUUCAUAAGGUGGCUAUUGGGAGUUAACAAAUUCUGUAGCUCAAAUGCGUGCAGAUCGGAGGUAGGCCGUUUCCCAAUGCGAACGAAGACAAAGUGCCCCGGGGGGGUACUCCCAUACAUUACCUAUACGGGUAUGUGCCGCCCAAAGGGGUCUUGAUUUUGAAGCUCCUGAUUUAGAACGGGGUAUCCAUUUCAGAGACGUUUUCUAGAACGGGGUAUAAAAUUUCGAACGCACGAAAGCUCCACUUUUGUAAGCAGCCAUUUGAAAGUAUUCAAGGACAGAUUGCUUUUAAAAAUACGGUUCAAUGCGUUAACAAGCAAACUGUUUUUGUACUCUUGUUGCACCCUAGAACGGAGUAUAAAAAAUUGGCCCAUUUCAGGAGGGCUCCUGCCCAUUUCUAGAACAAGGUAUCAGUUUUAGGGGGAAUACUAGAACGGGGUAUAAAAAAUUGGCCCAUUUUUAGAACGGGGUAUCAAUUUUAGGGGAAAUUUUUUCUAGAACGGGGUGCCCAUUUGGAGUCCCGGGCGGCACAUACCCACCCAAAAAAUACCCAAGUGCCAACCCCCUCCAAGGCAAAGUGCAGAGCCAUUAAAUAUUGGCUGAAAUUUUGUGAGCCGGAGCACCAAAAUAAACUCUCUGGAAUAGCAUUUACAGACCAAAUUGGUCAAGAUAAAAAGGAACUUUGGUCAAGCAAAUUAAAACGACUAUUAAACCUCGCAGGUCUUGGCGACAUAUGGUCAGCGAAAACUAACACUCCCGCAAUCAUGAACUAUAUACGACAGAGACUCUUACACAUAGAACAGCAAACAUGGAUUAGCGAAAUACACAAUGAUGAACGAAAGGACCCGCAUCAAAAAAACAAACUAAGAACUUUUAGGAAAUUUAAACUUACCCAUGACUACGAAAAUUACCUCACAAAUGUAAGAAACAUCAAUCAUAGAGUAGCAAUCACAAAGCUAAGAUUAAGCAACCACAAACUAGCAAUUGAAGCUGGACGAUACGUUAAACCCUAUCAACCACCAGACCAAAGAAUCUGUCCAUUAUGUAAAACUGGAUUAGAAGACGAGGAGCAUUUUUUGAUGAAUUGCAUAGCCUAUAGGGAUCCUAGGAGAGAGCUGUUCAAUACGCUAAAAAAGGAAACUAAUCUUAUUCUUGACUCUAUGACUCCAAGCUCUGCCUUUACAACGUUGAUAAGUAUGAAGCAAGGAGACAAAACGCAAAAAAUUGUGGCUAAAUACGUAUAUGAUCGCUUCCGUGAAAGAGAUAGACGCGUUAAAUAUAACCUUGUUUAAUAGUUGUAUAAAUUUUACAAAUGUACACCUCUGUAAUUAUUGCACGAAAAUCUUUGUUAUCAUUGUAAACACAUGUGUCUGUAGGCGCUCUGUUGAUAAUAAAGCACUUAUCCUAUCCUAUCCUAUCCUAUGACAAAGGAGUCUGACGGGCUUCAUAACCAUUCUACUCUAUAUCUAUGGUACAAGAGAAAUUUGGUUAAAUCAAUACAAACAUAACUUCGCAUUACCGAAACAAUGUUUCUUCUUAAAGGUCCUGACCAAUUUUUCUGUCAUCAUGUCUUAUUGCAGGUCCUUCGACGGCCAGGAAACGGAAGGCGUUAUUAAUUCCAGACAUUUUUAGAGGUUGAAACCUGAAGAUCGUUUAAUUAUUACUGAUUUUAGAAUUUGAAGUUUUAGAAACUUUUUAAACAGUUUAUAUAUCGAUUAUGUUUAGCUAUCGGAGAGUGAUAUCUUAGCCUGGAGGAAGAGGUUUUUCAGAUGUCUUGGUAUUUGCAUGACCUUGCAUCGCGCUCGGCCUGACUUUGCUUAUCCCUCUUUUUAAAAAUUUAUAAAACUAAUGUAACUGACUGGAUUUGUGCUUUAUCAGUAUGCUGCUUCCUGAGAUUUCUUUUAAUAUUGCUACUGAUCAGUUAUCAGGGGGAACACUGACUGUCUCACACACCUUUGACCGCGAGUAACACUUUAGUUCAAGUUAGAGCCCCGGAGCCCGUUUCUCGAAAGUGCCGUUAACUUUUCGAGCCCGAAAUCAAAUAUUCAGAUCGAAAUAAAAAGAAUAAGAGCGCGGGUUCUGGCUAGCAAACUACUCCAUUUUUUUUUUCAUUAACUGAUAGUUUUAUCAUGUUAGAUGCAAAACUGUGGAAACCUCCAUCUUGCAUGUAAACAACUAGCCCGUUAAUUAUCGCGACUUUCCUGGAAAGCCGAUUAGUGCUAAUCCAUGAUUAAAUAUCGCUAAUCGCGUAAUAAAUUCUAACCCAUGAUUAGACUCUAUUCCUGAAAGCACGAUUUAUAACCCUAAUCUAAAAACCCUUCGGGCCUUUCGGAACCCGAAGUAUUUAAUACUAUAGUCAACCGCGGAAAAGUGUGUGACGGUUGAGUCCUAGUUAAAAAAUUAAUAAAAAACAGCUUUUUCUUGAAUUACACGGUGAAGCUACGAGAAGUUUUUGUCAAUAGCGAUAAUUACAUUCAAUAACAACUUUUGUGCGUCCAGGAAACCGUGAGUGGUGAACUGAACAACGUAGAAUUUUCGCAACUAUGUUUCAUAGUUUAACCAGGCCAUAACCUCUGGCUGGAGAUGACUUUCAUCCAAUUACUGGAAUCUCAUGAUCAGUGAGGUAGCAUACCUCCUUUUCAAAAUGUUUGGAGAGGAAGAAAAAAGCUAAAAUGUUACUCGGGACUACACCUCACGUAGCAUCUCCAGUUUCAACGAGUGUCGCGUCCUCGGAACCCUAUUAACCGACAAAACUUCGCAAUUUAAACACUUUAUUUUUCUCUAAUAACUAACUGGAAAAGCUUACCUUGGUUUGGAUUUUUAUGCCAGUUUUUGGAAAGCUUAAUGGUUAAAAGAAAAUCAGUAUCCGCAUAAUCAGAAGUAGUGUAGUGGUAUAUUGCAUUAAGCUUGCAAGUACCGUUUUGACUGUUUCAUUGGAUUUACAAAUUUACAUUAAAUCGAAGUGUUUAAUAGUCAUAGAAACACGUCUUUCCAUUUACUUCUUUUGUUAUAAUACUUUUUGCUAUUUACCGAUUAGUAAUCCUAUAAAAGCCAGAUUGGCAGAGUUUUUCUCAAGCAAAUAAAACUUGGUUGUUCUGUAGACAGUUCGUAGCUUAUUUAAAGGGAACCUCCACUUCAACAAAAAAGAUAACUUUAAAUCACA